AUGGUAAGUGAGACUCUAGUUAUUUGUCUUUUUGCGGGGGUUUUACACGCAUGUCAACACGAGGGGAGGGAGCGGUGGCAUUACGCUGGAUUGGGUGUGUUGGAGUGAGGGAGUCGGACGGAGGCAACUCACAAGGAGGCGAGCGGUUGCGGGUACCAACUUGUUUGUUCCUCGUCGCAGUAUCAAGGGGGACGUGUAAUUGCUACGGUCUCCUUGUUGUGAAGACUUAGAGAGGGUGGGGGCGGAGUAGGGGAAGGAGGGAGAGAGGGAGAGAGAGGAGGAAGAAAAGGAAGGAAGGAAGGAGAGAGAGAGAGAGAGAGAGAGAAGGAAGGAGAGAGGGAGGGAAGGAAGGAAGGAAGGAAGGAAGGAGAGAGAGAAGGAAAGAGAGAGAAAAAGAAGGAAGGAAGGAGAGAGAGAAGGAAGGAAGGAAGGAAGGAAUCAGGAAUCUCAGCUAAAGCGUCCAUGGCAGGUGGCCAGCCCACCUCUGCUUGAAAACCUCCAAGGGAGGAGACCCCACCACCUUCCAUCCCACCGCCGAGCACCUCGUCCUGUCAGAAAGUUCUUCCUGAUGUUGAGUCGGAAUCUCCUCUCUUGCCCCUUGAAGACACGGGUUCGAGUCCUGCCCUCCGGAGCGGGCGAAAACAAGCUUGCUCCCUCUUCCACAUGGCAGCCCUUAAGAGAUAUUUGAAGGUGGCUCUCCCGAUCUCCUCUCAGUCUCCUCUUUUCUAAGCUGAAUAUACCCAGCUCCUUCGACCGUUCCUCAUCAGGCUUGGUCUCCAGACCCUUGGUUCUCCAUUCCGAAACCAAAGCGUUCCAAAGCCAAGGCAGCGCUUUCCCAUAGAAAGCAAUGCAAAACGGAUCGAUCUGUUCCAGGCUUUUAAAAACAACCCUUAAAGCAGCAACUGAACGUGGAUUUUGCUAUCUAACAAGACCGUCGACCCGUAAAACGAAAGCAACAAAGAAUGUACUGCAGUCACACGAUCGAUCAGGAGCUGAACUGGGUUCCACACAGUCACGAAAACAAAACGAAAAAGAGCUGCAAAAACGCAAGAUAAACAGCAAAAACAGGCGUAACACUCAAAACGGAAGCGUGGCGCUCAAAUUGGAAGUGCAAAACUCAAAACAGAGCAUGUUUGGCUUCCGGAAAGAGUUCGCAAACCGGAACACUUGCUUCCAGGUUUUCAGCGUUUGGGUUCCAAGUUGUUUGAGUACCAAGGCGUUUGAGAACCAAGGUACCACUUGUAGCGAUGUUCUUCCAUCUCUCCGCAGAGAAUGCCUCUUCUAAACAGAGAUGCCUCUUGCAUGGAGCGCAGAAUGCUGAUUCUUGAAUCAGGGACGGGGAAUCCCCGACUUUUCCAGAUUUUUUUCCCCGUUGGCUAUUCUGACGGGAGUUGAAGUGGGAGCGCCGUCAGUAGGGGGACAGAUCCUCUGGCCUAGGAAGAAGCUUUCUCCUUUCUCAAGUAGGAAUGCCUCUAAAAAGAGGCAUUCUUCCUCUUUAUAAUCAUCAUUUAAAACAUGGAUAAAAUAUAAGGAUCUCCUAGAACCGAAAACACCAUGGUGGGCAUCACCUCUAGAAGCAAUUACAAUAAAAAAGAAAAAUAUGGAAUUUGAAUGGGCCACAUAUAAUGGGGAAAAGAUCUGAUUAAGGAAAAAGAUAAUAAAUUGGUAAUUAAAGAUUAUGAGGAAAUUAAACAACAUCUGACGGGUUGGAUCCAGUACCAUCGAUUGCAUGGAGUGUUCAGGUCAGAUAAGAAAGAAGGUUUCUCAAACGAAGCUUCAUUAUUCGAAAAAGUGCUAUUACGAAACAAAACUAAGGUAAUAUCCAAAAUGUAUGAUACAUUAUUGGAGUGGGAGGUCAAAGAUGAACAGGUCUAGGAGGUGAUGAUCAAGUGGGCUUUAGAUAUGGGGAAGCUUUCUCCUUUCUCAAGUAGGAAUGCCUCCUCUAAGAAGACGCAUUCUCCCAUUUCUCGAGCUGCUCCUGCUGAUUUUCUUGAGGGAAGCCAAACGGAGGCAGACUUACAGCGGGCGAUGUGCGGUCAGAGGAGAGCGUUGUGUCACGCCUUGGAAGGGCGUGUGGUCUUGACUUUUUAAGAUAAGGAGCCUUGGAAGGAGGCCAGGGAGAGGCGCCACGUCACGGAGAGAGAUAAAAGACAACCCAGAGAGUGACAGCUGACAGCGUCGGUCUCUUUUCUUUUCUCUAGUCCAUUUGGUCAGGCAAGGGGUCACCUGGGCUGCUAAAUUCGGCACAUUAUAUAAACACGGUUUCUCGAAAUUCGGUGCCUGCUAGAUGCAUAGAGGGACGCGGGUGGUGCUGUGGGUUAAACCACAGAGCCUAGGACUUGCCGAUCAGAAGGUCGGUGGUUCGAAUCCCCGCAAUGACGGGGUGAGCUCCCGUUGCUCGGUCCCUGCUCCUGCCAACCUAGCAGUUUGAAAGCACGUCAAAGGUGCAAGUAGAUAAAUAGGUACCACUCUGGCGGGAAGGUAAACGGCGUUUCCAUGCACUGCUCUGGUUCACCAGAAGUGGCUUAGUCCUGCUGGCCACAUACCCAGAAGCUGUACGCCGGCUCCCUCGGCCAGUAAAACGAGAUGAGCGCCGCAACCCCAGAGUCGGCCGCGACUGGACCUAAUGGUCAGGGGUCCCUUUUCCUAGAUGCAUAGAAUUGUAGAUUGGGGAUUCCGGAUGGCUCCUUUCGUAUUUCUGCGCCAGCUCUCUCUGUGUGUAUGUGUUGUUGUUUUAGCACAUUGCAUCAUGGGAGCUGUAGUCCUCUAGCGCUGCACGCAUUGAAGGUGGUUUUUCCACACUGCAUGGGAAAUUAGAGAGAGAGGGAGGGAGGAAGAAACUUUAGGGAACUCCUGCCUUCUGUUGUUGAAUUCGUUUCCUUUGCACGUUCGCAAAUCUGUUUCUUUUUCUGAUGCUGCGUAAAAAGAUUCAGAAGGGAGGUUGUCUUCAUUUUAAGGUGGCAGUGUAGGGAAAAUUUAAAGGUGUGAUUUUGCAUCCCUCGAAUUGCAGGGAAUAUCUCUGCUUUCUUAAAAGCCUGGUCUGGUUACGAUGCUUUAAAGCGCCGCAGGUAGAAUUGAUCUCAAGCCAGAACAUAGGAAGUCCAUCUAGUGCAGUAUUUCUUACACUGACCGGCAGCGCUAGGGGUUGCCCUAUGUCUGGAAUUUCCUGGACGUAGCCAGAACACUGCGGUUCCCGGAAGCAGCGCCCAGGCAGAAAGGUCUGUGGAAAUCCAAUGUUGGAAGUCUUGUUGUUGUUGUUUAGUCGUUUAGUGGUGUCCACCUCUUUGUGACCCCCUGGACCAGAGCAUGCCAGGCCCUCCUGUCUUCCACUGCCUCCCGCAGUUUGGUCAAACUCAUGUUAGUAGCUUUGAUAACACUGUCCCAGUAGUGAUGUAUGGAAGUGAGAGCUAGACCAUAAAGAAGGAUGAUCGCCGGAGAAUGGAUGCUUUUGAAUUCUGGUGCUGGAGGAGACUCUUGAGAGUCCCAUGGACUGCAAAAAGCUCAAACCUCUCCAUUCUGAAGGAAAUCAGCCCUGAAGGCUCACUGGAAGGACAGAUCCUGAAGCUGAGACUCCAAGACUUUGGCCACCUCAGGAGAAGAGAAGACUCCCUGGAAAAGACCCUGAUGUUGGGAACGAUGGAGGGCACAAGGAGAAGGGGACGACGGAGGACGAGAUGGUGGGACAGCGUUCUCGAAGCUACCAGCAUGAGUUUGACCAAACUGCGGGAGGCAGUGGAAGACAGAAGUGCCUGGCGUGCUCUGGUCCAGGGGGUCACCAAGAAGCGGACACGACUAAACGACUCAACAACAGCAACAACAAAUCAUUCCUCUUCCCAGAUCUUCCCAGCGUUGGAUAGAAAGCACAGAAGAGGAACAAAUCAAAGAUGCAUAUUUUCACAGAUCUUUCCUGCAAAACUUUGACCAGGAAGACUGCAAGUGUGUUUGGAGUUGGAGAGAUCGGCUUAUGCAUUGAUCUGGGGCCAAAACUUGUUUAUAUUGCUGUGAUCACACGGGCAGUUUCCGAUUUAUCUGAAUGUUUUUGAAGGUGGGGGGUUGUUGAAGUUAGGGUUGCCGUACGUCAAAACUUCAUUUGGAACUUUGGCCAUUUAAAAAAAAAGCUAAACUUUUGUGUCUGAAUUUUCGCUUUCAACCCUAGGUGAUAAAUUGAAAUUUCUGAUUGGUGUCAUAGCUGUCUGCUUUUUAUGCGACUUUUCAGCAAUAGAUUUUGCUUCUUUGACUCUUGUUCUUGUUGGGGGGGGUGUAGCGUAUUUAAAAAAGCAAGGGGGGUGGUCAGAUUAGUUUGCAACUAGAGGCGAGCAGAAAUUUCCUGGGCAUUGUUUUUUUAAUUUUUUAAUUUUGCUUCCCCACCCAAUCUAUUAAAAAGCAGCGGAACAGACUUCCUUAGAAGUCCUUAAAAAAAUACCUUCCUUAGAAGUUUCGAAGCAGAAUUUGGGAGGCUGUGUUUCAUGGCCACGUUAGCUGAGAUUCUCGCACUACAGGAGGGUUGGACUAGAUGACAUUGAAGGGUCCCUUUUCCAACUCUUAUUCUGUGUGUUAUAUAUGCGUGUGUUUAAACCCAGAGAGGAAAAACUGUGCCAGAUUUUGGGAGGUGUUAAAUACUGCCUGUACGUGCCCACCCUGACACCCCCUUCUCCUUGUCUAGGUAACCUCUUCCCCAAUGUUCAAAAUUUGCCAGGCACAUUUUGCACCCGGCUAUUGGCCACUUAUGGGACAUGGGUAGCACAUGGGACAUGGGUGGCGCUUGGGUUAAACCACAGAGCCUAGGGCUUGCCAAUCAGAAGGUCGGUGGUUCUAUUCCCCGCGACAGGGUGAGCUCCUGUUGCUCGGUCCCUGCUCCUGCCAACCUAGCAGUUCGAAAGCACGUCAAAGUGCAAGUAGAUAAAUAGGUACCACUCCGGCGGGAAGGUAAACGGCCUUUCCGUGCGCUGCUCUGGUUCGCCAGAAGCGGCUUAGUCCUGCUGGCCACAUGACCCGGAAGCUGAACGCCAGCUCCCUCGGCCAGUAAAGCGAGAUGAGCGCCGCAACCCCAGAGUCGGCCACGACUGGACCUAAUGCCCAAUAUGGGCAUGUCUUUAAGUUAACAUCUUACAUUAAAAACCCUGACAGUACCAAACUAUCGAAGGCUUUUCACCAAAGCCAGACUAAACGUCUUUCCUUCUGCAGGGUUGAGAGGAGUUCCCUACCAGGACAGACUUUGCUCAUGUGCUCAAGACAUCAAUUCCAUAAAACAUAUUUUGUUGCACUGUGCAAAAUACGAGCAAGCCAGGGCUGAACUGAUAUUACCCUUGCUGGUCCCUUUCCCGGGAAAAUCAGAGGCUCACUAUGUCAGGUUCCUAUUGGAAGACCGGACCAAUGAGUUUUUCUCGGUGGUUGCAAGAACCAAUGAUCCCUAUAUUCUGAACAAAAUGCUUAUUUAACCUGGAGGUAGGCUUGUCUGAAUUGUGUAUUGCUUUGUAACGAUUUGUUGGGUCUCUGGACCAUAAUAAAGGUUGAUGAUGAUGAAAAAUCAAGACGUUAGAGCCACCUUGUCCCCAAAAUGGCAACCGGAAAAUUUCGUUUUUGCGACUGCAACCGUGGUUUAAGGAGCCUUUUGGCGCCUGACGUAUAUAUAUCUGAGUCUAACGCUGUUUCCCCCCUCUUCUUCCCCAGAUGUUUCCGCUGCCAGUAGCCAAUGGGAAAAACAGACCAACGACUCUGGCUAGCACGCAGUUCGGAGGAUCAGGUAACCAUGAAGAUAUCUCCCUGUAUUUCUGGUUUUUGUCCUCCAGGGUUGCGCAAACGGGGAUCCUGAGGUCUUGCGUUUGCUGUUGCCGGCACUCCAGUUUCCUGCGUGGCAAUAAUAAUUUUAUAAUAAUUUAUAAUAAUAUAAAUGACGCAAGCAGCAUGAGAGGUGAUGAUGGAAGUUGUGGGGAUUCGGGCACAACAUCUGGAGAGGGGUGACAUGUGGGAAUGUUGCGGGGAACAGGAGAGGAUAUAUUGAUUAAUAUUACCCUUUCUAACUUGCUGUAAGGCAGUGUUCCCCAACUUUGGGCCUCCAGCUGUUUUUGGACUACAAUUCCCAUCAUCCUUGACCAUUGGUCUUGCUAGCGAGGGAUGAUGGGAGUUGUAGUCCAAAAAGAGCUGGAGGCCCAAGGUUGGGGAACACUGCUGUAAGGGACGCAGGUGGCGCUGUGGGUUAAACCACAGAGCCUAGGACUUGCCGCUCAGAAGGUCGGUGGUUCGAAUCCCCGCAAUGACGGGGUGAGCUCCCGUUGCUCGGUCCCUGCUCCUGCCAACCUAGCAGUUCGAAAGCACACCAGUGCAAGUAGAUAAAUAGGUACCGCUCUGGCAGGAAGGUAAACGGCGUUUCCGUGCGCUGCUGUGGUUCGCCAGAAGCGGCUUAGUCCUGCUGGCCACAUGACCCAGAAGCUGUACGCCGGCUCCUUCGGCCAGUAAAGCGAGCUGAGCGCCGCAACCCCAGAGUCGGCCACGACUGGACCUAAUGGUCAGGGGUCACUUUACCUUUUUAAACUUGCUCUAGCAAGUUUCUUUAUGCAGCAGAGUGCAUUUCCCCCUUUUACAGAAAGCUGGUUGCAGACUUGUGUGAGUCUCUUUAAGACAAUAAGCAUAUUUAAUCUGGCUUGUCCAGAUUGAGAUAUGUUCUGUUAUUCCUGGUGAUACCCCUUUGACCCCUCCUAAAAGAAUAAAGACACCGCAGUCUUAUUCGUAAGUAACAAAAAGUUUUACUCACGAUCAGGCAGAGCACAAUGCGAUCCGUGAAGGCAGGCUUUCGGCUUAAAGUGACAAAUACGGUGCUAUACCUCGGUUCUCAGACUUAAUCCAUUCGAGAAGUCCGUUCCAAAACCAAAGCGUUCCAAAACCAAGGCGCGCUUUCCCAUAGAAAGUCAUGCAAAAUGGAUUAAUCUGUUCCAGACUUUUAAGACAACCCCUAAACCAGCAAUUUAACAUGAAUUUUACAGGGGUCAGCAAACUUUUUUCAGCCGUGGGCUGUCCCUCAGACCUAGUGGUGGGCCAGACGUAUUUUGGGGGGAAAUAUAAAAUGAACGAAAUUCCUAUGCCCCACAAAUAACCCCGAGAGCUGAAGGAAUGACCGCUUUUUAGAAAGAGCUGUUCCCCUCUCAAGAGCAGAGAAGGCCUCUUUUUAGACCAGGGAUAUGGGGAAACCCCAGGGGUCUUCCAGAGGUUGUGCCAGACCCCGCCCCCCAACUUCCAGCAGCCAAUCCCAGGCCAAGGGUCUAGGGCAGGCCUAGGCAAACUCCGCCCUCCAGCUGUUUUGGGACUACAAUUUCCAUCAUCCCUGACCACUGGCCCUGUUAGCGAGGGACGAUGGGAGUUGUAGUCCCAAAACAAUCUGGAGGGCCGAGUUUGCCUUAUGCCUGGUCUAGGGCAAUGGGGUUUGUAGCCUGGUUUGCAAGAACGGUUUGCUAGAAGGCUGCGUUUUUUAUUUUUAACCGCAGGUGCAAAAGUUCAAGGUACAUUUCCCCAUGGGGGGGGGUCUCCCGACUUCGUGCGUCCUUUGAUUUUGAGCAUGAAAGCAAAAUGUGCUUUGUUUGAUAGAGGGGGUUUGCUUUGAAUACGGGGCGUGUGUUUAUAGAGACUUCUGCGCCCGUGCGUGUCUUGGGAGUGGGGGCGAGUCGGUGCACGUUCGCGAAUUUUGAAGCUACAGGUGGUUGCAGCAAAGUGUAAUCUCUCCUUUCCACCCCCACAACACACAAACACACUGGCCACCCCUUUCCACUCCCUCUGCCCGGAGCUCGUCACAUCUGAGGAGGUUUCUUCAAACCCCAACUCCCGGCUUUGAUGCUUUUCGCAAAAUAAUUUGGGCUUCUUGCCGCAACCGCCCCAGCUGUGUUUGAGAUUCCGGGAUGGGCUGAGCGGUUCUGUAGUCUUUCCUUUCGCCUUGGCAGCGCUCGUCCUUUCUAAGAAAGAGGGGAAGCAAAAGGUUUGAUCGAAGCUUCUGUUUUGUGGCCAGGUGGAGCUUCCAUGUGCAGGAGCAGUCUAUCUGAGAAAGGGCCGAGUGGGGCUGUUGAAGCUGUUGUGCCCCAAAAUUGGGUCCCCUAGGAAGCCAGAGGCUGCUUUCUGUCUGCAGCAGGGUUAAAACUUUGUGACUUUUUUAAAAAAAACAACCCAAAAUCAGUUUCCUGUAUCAUGAAGGGGUGAGCUUUUGCUUAGGACAGGGGUCAGCAAACUUUUUCAGCAGGGGGCCGGUCCACUGUCCCUCAGACCUUGUGGGGGGCCAGACUAUAUUUUGGGAAAAAAUAAUGAACGAAUUCCUAUGCCCCACAAAUAACCCAGAGAUGCAUUUUAAAUAAAAGCACACAUUCUACUCAUGUAAAAACAUGCUGAUUCCCAGAACAUCCGCGGGCUGGAUUUAGAAGGCGAUUGGGCCGGAUCUGGCCCCCGGGCCUUAGUUUGCCUACCCAUGGCUUAGGAACAUUGAAAAAGGGCCUGCUUCUUCUCAGUUGUGGGGGGAAUGGUCGCCCCAAAAUGAAAAGCUAGAAUCGCCGUAUAGGUAACUCAAUUGAAAACGAUUGCAAGAAUUUGUCGGAAAUAUGGAAACCUUGCCAAAAAAACCCAUUGGGGGUAUUGGAGAAUCGCUGGAAGCAGGAGCCCUCCGUACCCCAAAUCCCAAGAAAUAAUUGUUGUGUAGAACGCAAGCGGUUGCGGGAGCUUUGCGGCGCUUGCAGCGCAAAGAAAGAGAAACGGCAACCUCAAUUUAUUCUAAGCAGUAAGAAGGGAUAUACAGCGGUACCUUAAUCCGUUCUGAGAGUCCAUUCAGCUCCCAAAACGGUAGAAAACCAAGGCGCAGCGUCCGAUUGGAUGCAAGAGCUUCCUGCACUCAGAUCGGAAGCCGCGUCGGACGUUCGGCUUCCGAAAAACGUUUGCAAAUUCACUUCUGGGUUUGCGGCAUUCGGGAGCCGAAUUGUUCGACUGCCAAGGUCCCAUUGUACAAUGCACAAAACAUUGUGCAAGUAUCAAAAAACCCGCAACCUCUGUUAUUCCCCUGUAUCCCAAUGCAUAAUUAUUAUGUACAAUUUCAUAGUGCGUUAUGCAGUUACCUAUACAAAAAUUGAUGAUUUUGGGGUGACCCCCCCAAAAAAAACCCGGUUUCGAAAGGACAGUUUUCAUUCCUUUGCUUUCAGCCAAAAGCUCAUUGAACUAAGCUGCAGGAACAAGAGGUUGCCAAAAUAAAAGCAAAAGCUAGAAGCUCUAGACUUCAGUCUUCCAGAUGUUGAUAAGAUUCACAGGUUGCAGCGCCCUUGGCUCUUGGCCCUGGGGAUGGUUGAGAAUUUGGCAGACACAUCCCCAUAUCCCGACCUCCUCUUUAUCAGGAGGGAAUGCCUUCUCUCAAUACAGUGGUCCCUUGGUUCUCAAACUUAAUCCGUUCCGGAAAUUCCAUUCCAAAACCAAAGUGUUCCAAAACCAAGGCACGCUUUCUCAUAGAAAGUCAUGCAAAACAGAUCAGUCCAUUCCAGGCUUUUAACAACAACCCCUAAAACAGCAGCUUUACAUGAAUUUUACUCUCUAACCAAGACCGCUGAUCCAUAAAACGAAAGCAAGAAUCAAGGUAAAGGGACCCCUGUGCAUUAGGUCCAGUCGUGGCUGACUCUGGGGUUGUGGCGCUCAUCUCACUUUACUGGCCGAGGGAGCCGGCGUACAGCUUCCGGGUCAUGUGGCCAGCAGGACUAAGCCGCUUCUGGCGAACCAGAGCAGCACACGGAAACGCCGUUUACCUUCCCGCCGGAGUGGUACCUAUUUAUCUACUUGCACUUUGAUGUGCUUUCGAACUGCUAGGUUGGCAGGAGCAGGGACCGAGCAACGGGAGCUCACCCCGUGGCGGGGAUUUGAACCGCCGACCUUCUGAUAGGCAAUUCCUAGGCUCUGUGGUUUAACCCACAGCGCCACCUGCGUCCCUAAAACAGCAGCUUACCUUUGGGCAAAAACCAGGAAACACAACAACCCCAAACCAACAACCGCAUAUCAAGGGAGCAAACGCCUGUUUUCUUUUCCUUCUUUGUGGAUUUCCCCCCAUCUUUAAUUGUUAAUUUGGUACACUUUGAUCUCUCUCCAAAAAGGAAGGUUGGCGUUGCAUCUGAGGGUUGCUUCGCCCCCCCCUCCGACCAACUCCUUUCUCCCUGCCCACCCCCUUCGUCUCCCAAACAAAGAAUUAAAACGCCACCCUGGAUUAUAUCUGUAGGAAGAUAUAUUUAUAUGUACGCACGCACCUAGGUAUAAAUCUCUUCUGCCCUUUAUUGUGGAGCUGGGGAUGCAAAAAAGUUCACCUGAUCUGCAAAAGCUUCAAAUGGGGCUUCUUGCCAGCUUGUUCCGCAUCCCUUUCUACGAUUUCGGUAAUGCCUGAAAUAAUAUAUAUAUAUGGUCCCGUGAUUAAGGACACGGAGGGCUUUUUAAAAAUGAAAAUUAAAAAAAACAUUGCAAAAGGGUUCUGCCUUUCCCCAGCCACUCUGGCUUAAUAAGAAAAUAAAAUGAAGCGAGCUCGUUUUAAAGGUGGCAGCUCUUCAGUUUUGCAAAGGCAUAAAAACUACCUUUUUUUUGAAAAAAAAUAUUUUUAUUGGUUUUUCCGUAUAUACACCCUCUAACAGUACAGUGGACGCUCGGGUUGUGAACGUGAUAACGCCUAGGUUGUGGGUUCGAUUCCUGCAUGGGGCAAGUGCAUAUUCCUCCAUUGCCCCAGGGGUGAAACUCAGGGUCUCUUCCAACUUGACAGUUCUCUAAUUUGGCCGAUGAAGCCCUUCCUUCAUCAUGCAAAAUGCAGCGUGACGACAGCCUUACGUUUUUAUGUCUAUAGGCAGAUAUAUGCAUGUCCGCGAUGGAUUGGCUGUAGACGUGCUAGUCUUUGUUAGUAGUAAAGGUAAAGGGACCCCUGACCGUUAGGUCCAGUCAUGGCCGACUCUGGGGUUGUGGCGCUCAUCUCACUUUACUGGCCGAGGGAGCCGGCAUACAGCUUUUGGGUCAUGUGGCCAGCAGGACUAAGCCGCUUCUGGCGAACCAGAGCAGCGCACGGAAACGCCGUUUACCUUCCCGCCGGAGCGGUACCUAUUUAUCUACUUGCACUUUGACGUGCUUUCGAACUGCUAGGUUGGCAGGAGCAAGGACCGAGCAAUGGGAGCUCACCCCAUCACUGCGGGGAUUCGAACCACCAACCUUCUGAUCGGCAAGCUCUAGGCUCUGUGUAGUAGUUAGUAGUAGUAAUAAGAAGAAGAAGAAGAAUUUUUAUUGCACCCUGCCCAUCUGACUGGGUUGUCCAGCCACACUUCCAACAUUUAUAAAAACAUAACAAAACAUUACACAUUAAAAGGCUUCCUACUACAUGGUUGCCUUCAGAUGUCUCCUAAAAGUCAGGUAGUUGUUUCUUUCCUUGACAUCUGGUGGGAGGGCGUUCCACAGGGUGGGCGCCACCACCGACAAGGCCCUCUGCCUGGUUCCCUGUAACUUCACUUCUCGCAUUGAGGGAAUCGCCAGAAGACCCUUGGAGCUGGAUCUCCGUGCAUUGGGACUCAAAGAUUUCGAAGAAGGAGUCUGGGAGGGCAAGUGGUCCCGUCCCCUUGUCCUUCAGGAAAGUCCAUACAUACAUGUGAAACAGUUUAAUAAAUUGUUCUGCGCAUACUGAUGUUCCCAAAGAGGGGAACAUGAGCCCCAAUACUUUCACGUGGCAAGCGAGGGAGCAAUAGGUAUUAUUCUUCUUCUUCUUUUGUUGUUGUUGAAAGUGAAGAACUUUGCUACUAGCAAGACCAAGUUUUCUUGAAUCCACUGCUCACCUUUUUUGGCCAAAUAAUGUUGCGAAAAUUGCAGUGUGCUUUAGAUUCGACGGCGCAUGAGACUCAAGUAAAUGUGGUGUGUCGCCGUUUCUGAAGCCCUACGUAUAGGAAGGGUAUUUAGAACAAGAGUCAUCAUAAUAGCGAUCCGUAGUUAAAAGUAGAAGUCUUUUUUUCUCUUCAAAAUGUGGCCAUCGUAGCUUUGCAGCCUCCAUAGGUGGCCACAUUCCCUGGCCGCCAAUCUCAUGUUUUCGUUUCUGUUCUGUAUGUGCUUCGUAAUAAAUGCUUUCGUGCCCAUUGAUAUUUUUCAAAAAAUGUCAUUUACUGCAAAUGGUGCAGGUUCUCCCAUAACUGUUCAUUUUUGCACGAGCUGCAAAAUUCGGAGGAGCGCAUCACUGGUCUCGUUCCGAAUUGCGUAUAAAUCUGGAAUUUUUCAAAUUGGAGUUGACACGCUUUUAAAGUGAGUGUUAUCUCCUGGUUAAACUCUCUCUUUUUUAAGCAACACCUUCUCUGCCCCCGCCCCCCAGUGAAAAAAAACACACCUCGUUUCAUCCUUUGUGUUGGCUCAAUCUAAAGAUUAAAAUUGUAGGCUGCAUCUGGCCCUUGCCUUACUCAGAAGUAGACCCGUUGACGUUAAUAGACCUCGUGCCGGUUGUUUUCGGCAGGUCUACUCUUGAGUAAGGCCAGCACUGGCUGCAACACGGUUGAUUUCAUUUUUAAGAAAACCCUUCUGGGCCGUUAAGAUCCUUUUUAAAUUUAUUUUUUUUAAUGGCAUAAAUUGCACAUUGCAUAAGUCAGACUGAGGGCUGGAACCUGGGCACAUUUUCGCAGAACAACAGCUACGUGAAAUGGGUUUGGCAACCCGUCCUGGCAUGUUGAGACUCCCCAGGGUUCCAGGUCUUCGCAAUAAAAAACUGCCACCCUCCUUGCAACAGCCACAGUUGCUAUUUAAGUCAGGAGCACGAGAACUAGAACUUUGUCUUACCUUUUGGUCGGCGUGUUUUACGACCAGGCGCAUUUUGGGACUUGGCGCUGCGAUUUCUGGGAGAAAGUGGGCUUAAACCCUUCUUCCAAAUUCCCCUAGUAAAUCAGCCCCCUCUCUCCCACUGCUGGAUUGCAGUCAACAACCCAGUAGGGCCCCCAGCCGAAAGAUUUCCCCCCCUCGAAAGUCCUGACCCAAAAUCAGGUGAAACGGUUGCGUCUAUCCCCACCUGCCCACAUCUGACAGCGAUAAAGGUAAAGGUAAAGGGACCCCUGACCGUUAGGUCCAGUCGUGGCCGACUCCGGGGUUGCGGCGCUCAUCUCGCUUUACCGGCCGAGGGAGCCGGCGUACAGCUUCCGGGUCAUGUGGCCAGCAGGGCUAAGCCGCUUCUGGCGAACCAGAGCAGCGCACAGAAACACCAUUUACCUUCCUGACGGAGCGGUACCUAUUUAUCUACUUGCACUGGUGUGCUUUCGAACUGCUAGAUUGGCAGGAGCAGGGACCGAGCAACGGGAGCUCACCGCGUCAUUGCGGGGAUUCGAACCGCCGACCUUCUGAUCAGCAAGGCCUAAGCUCUGUGGUUUAACCCACAGCGCCACCCGUGUCCCUUCUGACAGUGAUACGCUGCCACAAAAUAGGCCCCGUUCCCCCCACCCCGAUUUCAGCAAGAGUUUGGCGUUCUCCCACAAAACGGGGUGGGGUGGGGAAGUCAUGCCCAUUCAGAGUGAGGGCAAGCAAGCACCACCCUGGCUCGGCGUUGGCUUUGCAACGAUACCAACUUUGCCAAACCUGUCAAGCUGGCAGGAGUUGGGAGAUGCCAUCGUGCCGCCCUGACAAGAUGGAUCCCUCUGAUUAGAAACACCCUCUAUUUAUUUUUGUUUUUUAUAAAAAAAGAAUAUUAACAUCCCGUCGAGAUUAAAGGGAGUGUUGCGUGAGAAACUUCUUUACUCAAAACAGCAACUCACCGUCCUGCUAACCCAAACACCUCGUUACUCAGGAUUUCCUUUCGUUUUUCCAUCUGGGAUUUUCAGAGACCCAUAAUUGAAGCGCAGGGGUUCCCAAACGCCUUGGUACUCAAACAACUUGGAACCCAAACACUGCAAACCCGGAAGAAAAUAUUUCGGUUUGCGAACUCUUUUCGGAAGCCAAACGUGCUCCGUUUUGAGUGCCACACUUCCGAUUUGAGGGUUACGCUGAAGUCUGCCUGUUUUUGCUUUUUUUGCUUUGGCGGCUCUUUAUCGUUUCAUUUUCACGACCAGUCCAGCUACUGAUGGAUCGAUUGUGUGACUGCAGUACAUUGAUUCUUGCUUUCGUUUUAUGGAUCAAUGGUCUCGUUAGAUAGUAAAAUCCAUGUUCAAUUACUUUUUCGGGGGUUGUUUUCAAAAGUCUGGAACGGAUUAAUCCAUUUUGCAUUGCUUUCUAUGGGAAAGCAGUGUGCCUUGGUUUUGGAACGCUUUGGUUUUGGAACGGAAUUUCCUGAACGGAUUAAGUUUGAGAACCAAGGUGCCACUGUAGAUGUCCAUUGCAAAAUUCACCCAUUGGAGAUGUCCAUGUUCGGUAUGCGAAUCUGCGAGGGGGGGGCGUUUUUGCCAAAGGGAUGGGGGUUAUGUUUGUUGUUGUUUAGUCGUUUAGUCGUGUCCGCCUCUUGGUGACCCCCUGGACCAGAGCAGGCCAGGCACUCCUGUCUUCCACUGCCUCCCGCAGUUUGGUCAGACUCAUGCUGGUAGCUUCGAGAACACUGUCCAACCAUCUCCUGUUCUGUCGUCCCCUUCUCCUUGCGCCCUCCAUCUUUCCCAACAACAGGGUCUUUUCCAGGGAGUCUUCUCUUCUCAGGAGGUGGCCAAAGUCUUGGAGCCUCAGCUUCAGGAUCUGUCCUUCCAGUGAGCACUCAGGGCUGAUUUCCUUCCGAAUGGAGAGGUUGGAUCUUCUUGCAGUCCAUGGGACUCUCAAGAGUCUCCUCCAGCACCAGAAUUCAAAAGCACCCAUUCUUCGGCAAUCAGCCUUCUUUAUGGUCCAGCUCUCACUUCCAUGCAUCACUCCUGGGAAAACCAGAGCUUGAGCUAUACGGACCUUUGUCGGCAAGGUGAUGUCUCUGCUUUUUAAGAUGCUGUCUAGGUUUGUCAUUGCAGGUUACUUUUAGCGGUCUGCAAACAAAAAAGCAGCAAUAGGAUGUGAGGGGAAUAUUCUCCCCCCCCCCCCCAGCGCCACCCUAAAUUGGGAACGUGCCAAACCACCGUGUUGAUAUCGAGGGAAAUCGGGGACGGGGUGUGUGUGUCUCGCGGCCUUCGGUUUUCUCUGCCAAUUGCCGCCUCUCUCUUAAAAAAUGGGGGGGAGGGGAGAGAGAGGCUGUUCGGCCUCCCUCCCGAAAGCUUGCAAAUGCCCUAUUAACAUUGUUAUACAAAACAGCAGUGUGCCAUUUAAUUAGGAAAAAUAAGAACUAACCUCCACCAUAUGUUCCGUCUCUGUCGCUAUUUGCAUUUGAAAGUCCGGCUGUGUUUGAAAAUGGGAUUUUCGCCAUAUUGAAAAGCCUCCAAGUUUGGGGGUUGCUAUGGGGAAUGCGAGUCUGGAAACGAUGCCUUAUGAGGAACGGCUAAGGGAGCUGGGCAUGUUCAGCCUGGAGAAGAGGAGGUUAAGGGGUGAUAUGAUAGCCAUGUUCCAAUAUAUAAAAGGAUGUCACAUAGAGGAGGGAGAAAGGUUGUUUUCUGCUGCUCCAGAGAAGCGGACAUGGAGCAAUGGAUCCAAACUACAAGAAAGAAGAUUCCACCUCAACAUUAGGAAGAACUUCCUGACAGUAAGAUCUGUUUGACAGUGGAAUUUGCUGCCAAGGAGUGUGGUGGAGUCUCCUUCUUUGGAGGUCUUUAAGCAGAGGCUUGACAACCAUAUGUCAGGAGUGCUCUGAUGGUGUUUCCUGCUUGGCAGGGGGUUGGACUCGAUGGCCCUUGUGGUCUCUUCCAACUCUAGGAUUCUAUGAUUCUGUGGUUUGUGGGGGGGGGGGGCGACAACGACAACACUGUGCUUUCCUGCUGACUUGAAAUCUCUGUGGGUUUUCAGCAUGGUUUUUGUUUUGAAUUAUUCUUUUUAGCGGGGAAUUUGCUUUUAUCCUCGUCGCGGCAUCUACAGACGAUUCUCAAGGGAGGAGACUGGUGCCCUGUGUUCGAUGCCCCCCUCCCAAAUAUAUGAUAGGCCCAGCAGUUCUGCUUGGGUUUUUAAAAAAGCAAAUUGCAGCCUGCACUGUGGCAGGGAGUUCCGCAGGUUAGCCUUGCAUUCUGCCUCCAGAAAUGAAAGCUUCCCCUUCUUGUAAAUAUUAAGGUGAUACCAGCAAGAAUGAGCCUUUCUGUAAAAGAAAAAUGAUUUAAAUCAAGUCUUACUGACUAGUGAUUCAAAUCCUGGUUUAAAUCGAUUUCAUUUAAAUCAAAUCCACACUGGUGGCUUGCGAGAAAAAUAUUGGGGAACGUGGAAUGUUUUAUGAUAAAUCGGUUUUAUGAUAAAACAGAUUGGGGUGUGCCGGACAUUCCCAGUCCCAGCUAGAGAUGGAAUCUAGAACCUUCGGCAUCCAAAAUCGAAUUUACAGCCCUUUGUUCUAAUGUUAAAGCAACAUUCUAGUCCUCACUGUUCUCAGCAAAGAACUGAUUCAAGUACAAUGGUACCUUGGUUCUCAAACUCCGAAAACCCAGAAGUAAGUGUUCUGGUUUUCGAACAUUUUUCGGAAGCCGGACGUCCGAUACGGCUGUCGGCUGUUGUUUCCAGGGCACCUGCGCCAAUCAGAAGCUGCACCUUGCUUUUUGAACAUUUCAGAAGUCAAACGGACUUCCAGAAUGGAUGAAGCUUGGCGCUUUGGUUUUUGCUCUUUAUUUUGCGUUUUUGUUUUUGAGGCUUUUCCGAUUCAUUUGUUUUCGUGACUGUGUGGAACCCAGUUCAGCUACUGAUUGAUUGAUUGUGUGCCUGUGGAAAUGGAUAAAAGCCCCCCAUCCAAACAAUAACUUACCAUCAGUGCAGGUUGGGGAGAAAAGGUGAUUUUAAUUCUUAUCAUCUACAAUACCGUCUUAUUUAUUUUAUAGUACAGCACAUUGAUUCUUGCUUUCAUUUUAUGGAUCAAUGGUCUCAUUAGAUAGUAAAUUUCAUGUUGAAUUGUUGUUUUUCAAAGUCUGGAAUGAAUCGAUCCGUUUUGCAUGACUUUCUAUGGGAAAGCGCGCCUCGGUUUUGGAACGCUUUGGUUUUGGAACGGAAUUUCCGGAACGGAUUAAGUUUGAGAACCAAUGUACCACUUUAGAUGUACGGAUCGUUCCUUCUGCAAGCAGGACAAGCCUGCCUUGACGGGGGACCUUCCAGGCAAAUUAUUCUGGUCGAGAGUUUGCAUCUCAAAAUGUGCCAAGUCUUUUUUAUAUACCUGAUGAUCAUUCCAGAUCUGGAGAGCAGCAGUUUCAAGUCAGGAAGCUGGCCCGAAACCUAAAUUUAAACUCCAUUCUAUUUUAAAUCGGCUCGGGAAUUCUCUCUCUCUCAACGCCCCCCUCCAAAUUUGGUAUACUUAUUUUUUAAAAACAAAACACCCAUUCGUCGUUCGGCACGUGAGAACCAGAAACCGGAUGGUGAAUGAACCGCCGGUUAUUUAUUUUUAAUUUUUUGGGACUACCGUUUGGGGUUUCGCUCAGCAAAAUUUGGACCAGAACCCCAGCUUAGCAAACUUUCCUGUUAACGCAUCAUCAGGCGACGAAAGGACCUCUGGGAAUCUCAGUGCAAGUACACAAAAGCAGAUGGGCGCGAUAUAAAUACAGUGGUAACUUGGUUCUCAAACUUGUUGUUGUUUAGUCGUGUCCGCCUCUUGGUGACCCCUGGACCAGAGCACGCCAAGCCCUCCUGUCUUCCACUGCCUCCUGCAGUUUGGUCAAACUCAUGCUGGUAGCUUCGAGAACACUGUCCCACCAUCUCGUCCUCUGUCGUCCCCUUCUCCUUGUGCCCUCCAUCUUUCCCAACAUCAGGGUCUUUUCCAGGGAGUCUUCUCUUCUCCUGAGGUGGCCAAAGUCUUGGAGCCUCAACUUCAGGAUCUGUCCUUCCAGGGAGCACUCAGGGCUGAUUUCCUUCAGAAUGGAGAGGUUGGAUCUUCUUGCAGUCCAUGGGACUCUCAAGAGUCUCCUCCAGCACCAGAAUUCAAAAGCAUCCAUUCUUCGGCGAUCAGCCUUCUUUAGGGUCCAGCUCUCACUUCCAUACAUCACUACUGGGAAAACCAUAGGCUUGGUCUUUAUUGAAGACUGUCGCGACAGGACUCCCACCUGCCACCAGGUGAAACAGGAUGGAAGCCCUGAACAAAACAGCCCCCAAACUUUUAUUAGCUGCUCAUCCCCAUGUCAUACCCCCCCAAAUUACAUCACUCAUACAUCACGGUUACAUCAUGAAAGGGGAGGUCUGGUGGCAGGAAUCUGAGCAUCCUGGACCCUGCCCCAUGGUUCCCCUUGCCCUCCACCAAACACCCAUCAAGUGUAACAAAAAAGAUAUUUCCCUGUUUCCCAGCCAAGUUACUCACACCCUUUUGUCUUCAUCUGGGUUGGUUAUUCCUGGAAUGGCUACCUGUCUGGCACUCAGGUAUCAGGAGGCCAGGAAUUAUCCCUCAGGCAGAGGGGCUGCUGAGCAGCUGAGCUCACAUGUCUAUAGGAAUUUCUGAAGUUUUCCCAGUGAGCCAGUACAUAGACACAUUGAUCAGUGAAUUCUUACAUUUGGUAUGUGCAGCGAAGGCCCUUUGAAUAGAUAGGAAGAAACUGCCGUGAGGUGUUUUGUGGGGACAAAUCACAAAAAGUCACAAAAGCGAUUGUGCUGGUUUUGGCAGUGGGCUGCAUGUGCGUGAUAUCUGCUGGAGGGGCAACCCCCCCCCCCCCGCACCCUAUACAUAAAUUCCUGCAACAAGUCUCAUUUGGACUCCGUUCCCAGUAGCAAAAGGGGAUUUUGAACGCUGUCUGGGGGAUUUCAUCCGGCGCCUGCACCCGAGGCCCCCCAAAGCAGGGUAAGCAGCCUGGUCUACCUCGGAGGAAUGUUUUGAAUGUGCCAGGAAGGAGGGAGAAUCUCCUGGGCUGGGAAAACAGGGUGCAAACGAGGGAACGGAAUAAGACCUGCAAACGGAACAGGGUCCUUCUUUGCAGAGCUUCUUUGCAAGGCAAGAAAGGAGCACUCACCGUAUUGUUGUGGCAACUGCAGUUUAGGAAAAACAGUCUUUAAGACAAAGGAUUUCCCAGGCUGCUUGCCUGCCUCCCCCUUUUUCUUCCCACCUCCCUGUUUUCUGUUUAAAGCAGGUGGCCGCCAGGGAACAACUUUGUUUACGGAAGAAAAGAGGGCUUUUUUUCUUUCUUUCUCGGAGGGGCAAGCUUGUUUUUCUGGGCUGGGGAAUAGGCCCUUUCCUGGCAAGGAGCAAUUCAAGUCCUUAUCUCCUUUUCCUGCUCUGUGAGUCACCCGUCGGACGGACGGCGUGCUGCGGAUAGUGACCCUGUGCCACCCCAAAGCACCUUUGCCUUGUUUGGUUUCACCCCCCCCCCCAAAAAAAAAUACCAAAGUCCCUCUUACAGGCAGUGCUCGGCUCGGCUCCUUCUCGUAAAAACGUGCUAAGAUUGUAGUCCUCAUGACUAGCCAAUAGGAUCUUGCCUUCUCCUAAAUCAAACCCAAUUGUCUAUCGAGUUCAGAGUUCCCUGCUCUCCAGGGUUUCAGGCACUGUGGAUUAUUAUUAUUUUUUUAAUUAUUAUUAUUAUUUAUUAUUGAGUUUAUUUUCUGCCCUAUACCCAGAGGAUUGAACCUCAGACCUUUGCAUGCAAAGCCCAAAAUAAGAUUCUAGUCCUCAAAGUUUGAGCUGAUUCAUGCAAGAUUCUGCUUUGCAUAGGAUUUCAGUGGCAGAAUCAACAUACGGGGAAAAUAGGGAAAUUCAACAACUGGUCCCAUCACCUCCUGGCAAAUAGAAGGGGAAGAAAUGGAGGCAGUGAGAGAUUUUACUUUCUUGGGCUCCAUGAUCACUGCAGAUGGUGACAGCAGUCAUGAAAUUAAAAGACGCCUGCUUCUUGGGACAAAAGCAAUGACAAACCCAGACAGCACCUUAAAAAGCAGAGACUUCACCUUGCCGACAAAGGUCCGUAUAGUUCAAGCUCUGGUUUUCCCAGUAGUGAUGUAUGGAAGUGAGAGCUGGACCAUCAAGAAGGCUAAUCGCCGAAGAUGAGUUUCCCAUCGCAAUUUGAAACCAGACCGGCCCCUGCUUAGCUUUGCAAAUUUGCUAGUGGUUUUACUGCUUUUUGCCACUAGGUUUAUUCAGAAUUUUAGUUGGAGGUGCUGCAAGUCAGUGCAUACAGUAUGGGGCUAGGUAGGCUGUUUCGGUAUAAGUUAGGGAGAGAGGUUAAGGCUUAGCAGCUGUAAAUAAUAAUAAAAUUUGUUCUGAAAAUAGGAAAAACUUCAACCCAGUUUUCCGGAGACUUACGUCCCCCAAGUCAUCCGUUCGAUAAGCAAACUGGAAAACUUUGCAGAAAAUCCCUGUUCUUAAAAUCAGAUUUCUAAAAAAUCCAGGUGGGGGAAACAAGGUCCCACAACUUGCAAAACUGUUUUUUACAUAUAUCCUCGGAUAUAUAUUUAUUUAUCUAUCUAUGCAUAGACAUAUGGGCAAGUAUUUAAUGGCUGGUUCCGUCUGGGUGUGAACGUUCUUUUUUUAAAAAAAAAGAAAAAGAAAACAAACCACACAAUUGAUUUUAUUGUGUUGACUUUAAAAAAAAACUCCCCCCCCCCUUUUUCUCAGCGGCUUUCCCCUUUGAGGUCUUUUGUUUGGUCACCGUGGGGCGACCUUGUUUUCACAGCUGCCAGGAAGUGUUUUGGGGGCUGCAGAGUUUUUCUUAUUUUUAAUUGUUUUCAACCCUCCGGCUUAUCUGUACUCCGUUCUUGGUCGUCAUCUCUUUCCCCCCCAUCCCUCCUCUGCCAGGUUUAUAUUUACAGGCUGAGUCGGCUGAGCGUGGGUUUCUUCAUCUUGGGGUUGCGGGUUCGAGUCCUGUAUCGGGCAAAAGAUUCCAUACAUGGCAAGGGGUUGGGUUGGAUGAUCCCCCUUCCAGCCUUACGAUUCUGAGGUUGGUUCCAUGACUUCGCAAGAGCUUGGUGGGCAGAGCGUGCGGCUCUUAAUCUUGGGGUUACGAGUUCGAAUUCUGAGUCAGGGAAAAGAAUUCCUGCAUAGCAGGGGGAUCGGCUGGAUGACCCCCAGGGGGUUCCUCCCAGCUCUACAAUUCUGUGGUUGGUUCCAUGACUUCGAAAGACCUUGGCGGGUAAAGUGUGCAACUCUUAAUCUUGGGGUUACGGGUUUGAAUUCCGCGCGGGGGAAAAGAAUUCCUGCAUUUCAGGGGGUUCGGCUGGAUGACCCCCGUGGGUACCUUCUCCUCUCCUCUCUCUGCGGUUCCUCUAAGCUAAAACGCCCCAAGCGAUGCAACCGUUUGAGGCAGAGACUCCUUAUCUGAGGGUUGCGGGUUCGAAUCCUGAGUCGGGCAAAAGAUUCCUGAAUUGCCGGGGACCAGAUGUCCCUCAUGGUCCCUAUGACUGUUAGUUAAAUUUGUAUACCGCUCUCGCCCCGCAGGUCUCAGGCUGCACCGCGGGAUAAAACCACAAUAUAAAAACACAAAAUUCCUAAUCGAAAAACAAAAACCGCCAGUCAUUCCCGCCACCAACCCAUUUUAAAAAGGCCUCUUCUCCUCUCUUCUCCCCUUGAGCUCAAAAGCUCCAAACGCCACAACCGCUUUGAGCGGGUUGUGGGUUCGAGUCCUGCGUUCUUCAAAAUAUUCCUGCAUUGCAUUGAGUUAGACUAGAUGACUCUGGGGUUCCCUUCCCGUUCUGGUACGAUCUGCGUCGAAUUUUGCCUCCAGCCCCUGGCUUUCUCCUCCCUAUAAAAGAAAAAGUUUUCUUUUCCCAGCCCCCAAAUCUAAAAAUGUGGGUGGGGCCAGUGGGCCGGGCCAAGCCGGACAGUGUGGGGUGCAGCCCGGUGGGGGGUGGACCCCAUUUAAGCUGCCUCACCCCCGGAUCUUAGUUUGCUUUCUCACUCUAGGGAGAUCUGGGUUUGAAUCUGCUGCCCGGCCACCAACUCACUUGGCAACCUUCCUGCGGUUCCACGCCUGCUUGGUCUGCUUUGCAGGGCUGGUAUGCAGGUGUUGUUGUUGUUGAGUCGUUUAGUGGUGUCCGCCUCUUCGUGCCCCCCUGGACCAGAGCACGCCAGGCCCUCCUGUCUUCCACUGCCUCCCGCAGUUUGGUCAGACUCAUGCUGGCACCUUCGAGAACUCUGUCACACCAUCUCGUCCUCUGUCAUCCCCUUCUCCUUGCGCCCUCCAUCUUUCCCAGCAUCAGGGUCUUUUCCAGGGAGUCUUCUCUUCUCCUGAGGUGGCCAAAGUCUUGGAGCCUCAGCUUCAGGAUCUGUCCUUCCAGUGAGCACUCAGGGCUGAUUUCCUUCAGAAUGGAGAGGUUGGAUCUUCUUGCAGUCCAUGGGACUCUCAAGAGUCUCUUCCAGCACCAGAAUUCAAAAGCAUCCAUUCUUCGGCGAUCAGCCUUCUUGAUGGUCCAGCUCUCACUUCCAUACAUCACGACUGGGAAAACCAGAGCUUGAACUAUACAGACCUUUGUUGGCAAGGUGAUGUCUCUGCUUUUUAAGAUGCUGUCUAGGUUUGUCAUUGCUUUUCUCCCAAGAAGCAGGCGUCUUUUAAUUUCGGGACUGCUGUCACCAUCUGCAGUGAUCAUGGAGCCCAAGAAAGUAAAAUCUCUCACUGCCUCCAUUUCUUCCCCUUCUAUUUGCCAGGAGGUGAUGGGCCCAGUGGCCAUGAUCUUAGUUUUUUUGAUGUGGAGCUUCAAACCAUAUUUUGCGCUCUCCUCUUUCACCCUCAUUAAAAGGUUCUUUAAUUCCUGCAGGGAGAGAUACCUUAUUUUCCACACUAUGAGAAUGUGAUUUAUUUAUUUUUUAAAAGGCAGUCUUUUGCUGUUUUCACUGUUGGUUCAGAAUGGGAUUUUGAGCCGUACGUCUAACCGAUCCCUGGAACCAAGCCCAAAUUGCUGCCAGAUAUCGUCUCCGGCAUUUGGCUGAACUUUGCUGUAGGGAUUUCAAAGGGAGGAGGCCGGCGUUGUGUUGUGCGGAAAGCGAAUCGAGUUGGGGAGGCUAGGUCUACUCUCGAGUAGAACGCGGCUGGCCGCAACCUUAUUGCAGCUUUCCCCAUAAAUCUGUACCCGGUUGCCCCCUUAUCCUGUGAAAAACAUUGCAGAAAAUACUCCCUGCUAAGAAAGAGCGUAACGGAAUACGAUUCGAAACAGCGGCACUUAAUUGCACAUUAAUCCAAUUAAAACGGUUUCGUUUAAUUAAUUCAAUGGAACUGAUGGACUUGAUCCAGCGAUAGCAAGCUUUGCAGAAUCAGGGAGUUAGUCUUUUGCAAUUCCAGCCCCCCUCCCAGUUAUGCCACUGCUCACACUGGGAGCCACUGGUCUGCGGUUUAGUUCGUGAACGGCUUCUUUCCGGAGAUCCGUGAUUCGCCCCAGGCGAGCGGCUGCAUUAAACCUCUGGCUUGGAGCUCGCUUAGGGCUGCCCGGCCCGAUCCUGCGCUUUCAGACUCGGAAGUGACUCUCUCAGAAGGGUCUCUCCCAAAAAAAAAACCCCGUGGUGUUUCUUCCCAUCUUCAGAAGUUCUCUCCCAGGUGAGCAGCAAGGCCCCUUACUCUUGAGUAGGGGCUGUUUCAGGGGCUUUGCUGCUGAGUUAAAGGCCCUGCUGAUCCGUCAUGCGCUCUGUGUAGUUUUCCCCUUUUCGUCUUUCCGGCAAAGUGUUGAAUGGUGCUUCUCUGUGAAUCUGUGCUUAAUAAUAAUAAUAAUAAUAAUUUUAUUAUUUAUAGCCCGCCUAUCUGCCUGGUGGGACGUGGGUGGCGCUGUGGGUUAAACCACAGAGCCUAGGACUUGCUGAUCAGAAGGUCGGCGGUUCGAAUCCCCACGACGGGGUGAGCUCCCGUUGCUCGGUCCCUGCUCCUGCCAACCUAGCGGUUCGAAAGCACGUCAAAGUGCAAGUAGAUCAAUAGGUACCACUCUGGCGGGAAGGUAAACGGCGUUUCCGUGCACUGCUCUGGUUCGCCAGAAGCGGCUUAGUUCUGCUGGCCACAUGACCCGGAAGCUGUGCGCCGGCUCCCUCGGCCAGUAAAGCGAGAUGAGCGCCGCCACCCCAGAGUCGGCCACGAUUCUACAAAACUCUUUUGCACGAAAGAUACUGGGUCUCCCCAAGGGCUCGGUUGCUGCACAGUUAAGAACAGAACUGGGCCUCCCCUCCAUUGUUGCGAGAGCCCACAUUAGAAUUAUUAGUUUUUAUUGCAACAUUAAUCAAUGCCCCAGGUUCUCUACUAGCCAGGCAAGCCAUUUUAACUUGUUCUCACUCCAACAAAUGGUCCAAGGCCAUGGAGACUAUUACUGUACGCUACUCCCUCCCAGAUUUCGACACGUUGUCAUCUUGGGACCAACAUAAAAUCCAGGCCUGGAUUCUUACAAGAGAUGAGGCCAUGGACCGGGCACAGUCCACCUCAGCUCGCCUCUCCAUGUGGCUCCUAAAGUGAAAGUGGUAAGAUCACUUGCCAACUACUUGAUAGAUCUGACGGACCCAAUUUGAGAAGAGCGUUUACAAUGGCCGCUUUCAUUCUAUACCCACGGCCUUCCUGCAGAGGACCGACUCUAAGACCCCUAUUACUCAGCGUCUAUGUCCAUGCACAAUGAAUGAAGUAGAGGACUUCAUACAUUUCUUUAUCUACUGCCCUAUUUAUGACCCAAUAAGACCUAAGCUCCUCCUCUUGAUCCCGUCCUCCAUUUCAUCUAAGGAACGCACUGUUUGAAAGCACUUCUUGUGGACGCAGAUCCCAAAUUUCACGUGGGGUGGCAAUCUUCACAGUGCAGGCUCUGAAACUCAGGGCUACUCUGACAGGGUAGUGUGCCCUAGUCCUGGACCUGUUUAAUUUUUAGUUACCUUUUAACUUAAUGUGCUGAGCCUAUUUUGGGGCCACUUAUUCUGGCUUCAUUUAUAUCUCGCAUACUCAGGUUCUUUUUUGUUUUUUUUGGCGCUGGCAAUUAAAUCUCUGUAUUAUUGUCAAAGGGUAUUUUAAAUGUCAUUACGCCAGCAAUAUCGCUUUGAAUUUUGCUUGGUUGCUUGUCUCCAAUAUUUUUGUAUUGUCUUACUUUGCUAUGGCUGUAUGCUAAUGCAAUUAAAUAAAUUAAUUAAACAUGGCUGACUCUGGGGUUGCGGCGCUCAUCUCGCUUUACUGGCCGAGGGAGCCGGCGUACAGCUUCUGGGUCAUGUGGCCAGCAGGACUAAGCCGCUUCUGGCGAACCAGAGCAGCACACGGAAACGCCGUUUACCUUCCCGCCGGAGUGGUACCUAUUGAUGUACUUGCACUUUGACGUGCUUUCGAACUGCUAGGUUGGCAGGAGCAGGGACCGAGCAACGGGAGCUCACCCCGUCAUUGCGGGGAUUCGAACCGCCGACCUUCUGAUCAGCAAAUCCUAGGCUCUGUGCUUUAACCCACAGCGCCACCCGCGUCCCAGUGAGGCCUGUCCAUUGCAACCUGUUUAAUUACUAUUUGCUGACGUUCGGUUUUCCCGUUUACCGUUUGAUUCGGAUCGAUGGUGGAAUGUUGCUUUGUUCGGCGUAAGCGGUGUAUGUCAAAAUUAUUGCGGCUUUUUACAUUGCGUCGUUACUAUUCAUGUGCAGUGUUUUAUCACGUUUUUAUACGUGUUGGUAGCUGCCCAGAAUGGCUGGGCCAACCCAAUAAGAUGGACGGGAUAUAGAAAAAAAUAUCAUUAUUGUAACCUGAUUGUCCGGGAUGAGGGCAGAGGGAUGGAGUAUAGAGGGAAAACAACUUUCAUGACGAAGGCUAAACCUAAUUAUCGGCCGGCUUCUUUUAUUGAUUCCCCCCCUUCCCAAAUCUCGCUCGGCACCGUCCCCCCCCCCCCGAUUCCAGCUCCGAUUAGCCACUUAAAAGCAGCUUAAUAGGGAAGUGUUUAUCAUGGCAGCCGUCUGCUACCUUCGUUUAAAUCAAAUUAUCGUCCCCAGCUGCCUUUGGGGUCUCUCCCCCUUUAAGGGGGGUAAAAACACCCCAGGAAUCGGAGCAAAACUCAGAUCGCUCUGCUGAACAUCUGCUGUGCGUCUAUUUUAAGUUUCGCGAAAAAUCCACGCGUCUCCCAUGUGCUGUGCGUGAUUCUCAGGUGCUUGUGGCCCCGAAGGACAUCCUCAAAAGCUUGGCUAGCCGCGGAAAAUGCAGUUUUUUGUGUGGGUUUUAAGUUGUGCGUGGUUGGGUGGAUCUGCACUUCCGUCUUCUGGCCAGCUUUCUUGGAGGGGGCGCUCAAGAGCAACCAGCAGUGGAAUCGUAGAGUUGGGACCCCAAGGGGCAUCCAGCCCAACCCUUUGCAAUGCAGGGAUCUCAGUACCCAAUACCCAACGCUACCUCUUUUAAAUCAGAACCAGUAAAGGCAGUGAAGGUCCUGUGUGAGUGUCUGGAGGCGGUUGGAGGAUGGAUGGCGGCUAACAGAUUGAGGUUGAAUCCUGACAAGACAGAAGGACUGUUUUGGGGGGACAGGGGGCGGGCAGGUGUGGGGGACUCCCUGGUCCUGAGUGGGGUCACUGUUCCCCCGAAGGACCAGGUGCGCAGCCUGGGAGUCAUUUUGGACUCACAGCUGUCCAUGGAGGCGCAGGUCAAAUCUGUGUCCAGGGCAGCUCCAUCUGGGACGCAGGAUGAGACCCUCCCUGCCUGCGGACUGUCUCUCCAGAGUGGUGCAUGCUCUGGCUAUCUCCCACUUGGACUACUGCCAUGCGCUCUCCAUGGGGCUACCUUUGAAGGUGACCCGGAAACUGCAACUAAUCCAGAAUGCGGCAGCUAGACUGGGGACUGGGAGCAGCUGCCAAGACCACAUAACCCCAGUCCUGAAAGACCUACAUUGGCUCCCAGGAUGUUUCCAAGCACAAUUCAAAGUGUUGGUGCUGACCUUGAAAGCCCUAAAUGGCCCAGUAGACCUGAAGGGGCGUCUCCACCCCCUAUAUUUUUUUUUGGGGGGGUGAACAGAUUCCUAUGCCCUACAAAUAGCCCAGAGAUGCCUUUUCAAUAAAAGGAGACAUUCUACUCAUGUAAAAACACGCUGAUUCCUGGACCAUCCACUGGCCGGAUUUAGAAGGCGAUUGGGCCAGAUCCGGCCCCUGGGCCUUAGUUUGCCUACCCCUGGUUUAAGGAGCCUAGGCUAUGCAUCUGAGUUGCUAACCCUGGUUAGGAGGGCCACUGACCGAGGUGGGAUUUGUGAAUGUAAGAAUGCAAUUCGGGUAAGCAAUAGGGAGGCAGAGGGAAGCCAUCAUGGCUAGUGGAAAUGUUGGAGGGGAUGGAAUAGGACGUCCCUAUUUUCAGGGGAGAAACGUUGGAGGGGAAGGAAUAGGACGUCCCUAUUUUCAGGGGAGAAACGUUGGAGGGGAUGGAAUAAGACAUCCCUAUUUUCAGGCGAGAAAUGUUGGAGGGGAUGGAAUAGGACGAUCCUAUUUUCAGGGGAGAAACGUUGGAGGGGAUGGAAUAGGACGUCCCUAUUUUCAGGGGAGAAACAUUGGAGGGGAUGGAAUAGGACGUCCCUAUUUUCAGGGGAGAAACGUUGGAGGCUAUAUGAAUAUUGCAAUGGAAUUUGCACGUUAUUGAUAGUCUUAUCCUCCAGGAAUCGCAAGGAACCCAAGUUUUCUAACCCUCAUUUGAAGCCAUCGAGGUCAUUGGCCAUCCCUGCCUCUUGUGGCGAGGAGUUCCAUAGUCUUAACUCUGCAGAAAGAAUUCCUCCUUUUGAUUUGUCCCAAACCUCCCAGCGUUCAGCUUCCUUGGCUGACCCUGAGUUCGAGUGUUACGACAAAGGGAGAAAGAUGUCUGUGUGUCUCUCUCUGUCUGUCCACUUUCUCCCACAGUAGACGGCGGGUUUGCAUGCAGCGGCAAAACCCUUAAAUGGGGGUUGGUGGUGGGAAACACACUCCGCCCCCCCUGACAAGCUACAUUUUAUAUUAUUAGUACGUAUUUAAUUAGAACACGAACACACGAAUCCUUUAUGAAUAUUCAUGAUCGGGGUUAUUAAAAUGCAUAAUUAAUCUGUGGGGUCUCUCUCUCUUUCUCUCUUUCCCCCGUUUUAAUAACUCUAUUAACGUAGCCAUGGUGGGAGGGAGACAGGGAGCCCUGUGUUACUGUCCCUUCCUGCCGACCGGACAGGACAUGGCGCUUAGAAGUUCCUGGCGAGCUCGACGCCAUCAUAUUUUUUAAUUUCACUGGUCUCUGCUUAAAGAAAAAUACUGAUUUUUAUUGGCAGUGGACCGUGUAGCCAGUUAGGUGGUUAUUCAGAGAAGACAUGCUGGAAGAAAAUAACACAUGCCUACUCAUUUCAGCAAUAAUAAUAUUAAUAAUAAUAAUAAUAAUUUUGUUAUCAAUCAAUCAAAUAAUCUUUAUUGGCAUCACAGUGUAAAAUGUUUCAAGUAACUGCAAUAAUUAAAAGUACAAGGGUGAAGCCUGUCAAGGGUUAUAACGCCACACUAUGGUUGCGUGCAUUUGGAUAUUCUGCUGCGUCCUGUCUAUUUUCCAUGCAGGUGGCGCUGUGGUCUAAACCACUGAGCCUCUUGGGCUUGCCGAUCAGAAGGUCGGCGGUUCGAAUCCCCGUGACGGGGUGAGCUCCCGUUGCUCUGUGCCAGCUUCUUCCAACCUAGCAAUCUGAAAGCACGCCAGCGCAAGUAGAUAAAUAGGUACCGCUCCGGCGGGAAGGUAAACGGUGUUUCCGUGCGCUGCUCUGGUUCGCCAGAAGCGGCUUAGUCCUGCUGGCCACAUGACCCGGAAGCUGUACACCGGCUCCCUUGGCCAGUAAAGCGAGAUGAGCGCCGCAACCCCAGAGUCUGUCACGACUGGACCUAAUGGCCAGGGGUCCCUUUACCUUUAAUCGUAAUUGAGGAGUAGGCUUUCAUUCCAUCAGAUUUUGUUGGGUUGCAGGCGGACAUUUUCGAAACUGGUUUGGGGGUUUAUUUGAAUAUCUGAGCAGCCUUGAGUGCGAGGCUUCUAGUUCAUUAUAAAGAGACGGGCCGUGGCUUUUUCGCUUUAUUUCCCACAACGCCCUCCCUGUAAGGUUGGCUGGCGUGUGUUGUGCCCGGUUCCUUUUCAAGCCGCCUCCGUUUAAUGGCUGAGUGCCUGCAUGGAGAAUAUUCUGUUUUUGACGCUCAUCAAAUUUGCAGGGGACACCAAACUGGGAGGAGGCCCAAAAACACCACAGAAGACGGAAUUGGCGUUCGAGGCGACCUUAUCAGAUUGGAGAACUGGUCCCAAGCUAAAACUGUGCAUUUCAAUAGGGAUAAAUGUCAGGUUUUGCACUGAGACAGGAAGAACCAGAUGCACAAAUAUAGGGUAGGGGGAACCGGGAACCAGAUCUGGGGGUCUUGGUGGGCCACAAGCCAAACAUGGAUCAGUGAGAUGCAGCAGAAAAAAUAAAUAAAAGCUAAUGAAGUUCUAGGCUUCAUCCACAGAAGUCUAGUGUCCAGAUCAUGGGAAUUUUUGUUGUUGUUUAGUCGUUUAGUCGUGUCCGCCUCUUCGUGACCCCCUGGACCAGAGCACGCCAGGCCCUCCUGUCUUCCACUGCCUCCCGCAGUUUGGUCAAACUCAUGCUGGUAGCUUCGAGAACACUGUCCCACCAUCUCGUCCUCCAUCGUCCCCUUCUCCUUGUGCCCUCCAUCUUUCCCAACAUCAGGGUCUUCUCCAGGAGCCUUCUCUUCUCCUGAGGUGGCCUAAGUCUUGGAGCCUCAGCUUCAGGAUCUGUCCUUCCAGUGAGCACUCAGGGCUGAUUUCCUUCAGAAUGGAGAGGUUGGAUCUUCUUGCAGUCCAUGGGACUCUCAAGAGUCUCCUCCAGCACCAGAAUUCAAAAGCAUCCAUUCUUCGGCGAUCAGCCUUCUUUGUGGUCCAGCUCUCACUUCCAUACAUCACUACUGGGAUAACCAGAGCUUUGACUAUACAGACCUUUGUUGACAAGGUGAUGUCUCUGCUUUUUAAGCAGAAUUAAUAGUCCCGCUCUAUUCUGCCUUGGUCAGACCACAGCUGGAAUAAUGCUUCCAGUUCUGGGCAGCACAGUUUAAGAUGGAUGUUGACAAGCUGAAAGGUGGGCAGAGGAGGGCGACCGAGAUGAUCAAGGGUCUGGAAAUCGAGCCUGGUGAGGAACGGUUGAAGGAGCUGGGGAUGUUUAGCCUGGAAAAGAGGAGACAGCAGAGCCAUCUUCCAAUAUGGGCUGUCACGUGGGAGAGGAAGCAAGCUUGUUUCUUCCGGCUCCCGAGGGUAGGACUCGAACCCAUGGCUUCGGGCGACGAGAAGGGAGAUUCCGACUCAACAUCUGGGAAAGCUUUCUGGCAGUCAGAGCUGUUCUGACACUCGGUGGCGGACUCUCCUUCCUCGAAGGAGUUUAAGGAGAAGUUUGAAUGGCCCUCUAUCCUGGAUGCUUUAGAUUCCUGCAUUGCCAGGGGGUUGGAAUAGAUGACCGCUGGGGUUCCCUUUCACAGUUCCACGAUUCUAUCAUUUGAUCUGCUCCUUUAACCGUUCCUCUGUGUCAGAAUGUAGGAUCUGUAAGCUCCUUGCGGGCAGAGACCCAUGUCCAUUGACCCGGCUGUAUAGUGAUUUACCGAAGCUCUCAAAUCCUGCUUUUUAUUAGUGGGUUUUGUAAAUUUCAAGUUUUUGGCCGACGCAGAUUAAACUCUUCUAGAACGGAGCGUCAAAAAAAGGGGGGGUCACCGGGGGUGGGAGGGAGUAAAUGGCGCAUUUUUUAGAGCAAAAGUUAUUGUCGGAGGCGACAGGAAUGCACAGCUUGCCCCCCUGAAAAAGAAUACUAUCCCAAGUCGCAUUAACAUCUUUUUUUCCGCCACCGCGAUUCCGCAAAGUAAUCACAUUGGAGAGAGCAGGGAUUGGGGGAGAAAGGAGGAGCAGGGUAUUUUUUUUUAUUUUUUGAUUAGGAAACAAAAUCUAAAUGAGGGUUAUGAAUAUUCAUUAGGCGUGGAGAUUAAUAUGCAUAAUUAUGCAAAUUAGACAGCAAUUAAACACCGAUUCUCCGGGGAAAUGAUUAACACAAAAGGCUGCGGAAUGGAAGCCUUGCAAUUUUGAAAGAAGUUUCUGGUUAAAUGAACAGUGAGGGGAGAUGGGGAAGGCUGCGAUUCACAUAAUAAUAAGAUGGAAAGGGGGGGGCGGGAAACGAUUCUCACAAUGGGGUGUUUUUGUGUGUGUGCGCGACGUUGCACUUUUGCACACCCAGCCUUGCACACUCGCGUCUGGGCGUGCAUCAAAGACCUUUGCAUGCACAGUGCGAUACCUUGGUUCCCAAACUUAAUCCGUUCCGGAAAUCCCGUUCCAAAACCAAAGCGUUCCCAAACCGAGGCAGCGCUUUCCCAUGGAAAGUCAUGCAAAACGGAUCAGUUUUUUAAAACAACCCCUAAAACAGCGAUUCGACAUGGAUUUUACUAUCUAAACGAGACCAUUGAUCCAUAAAAGGAAAGCAAGAAUCAAUGUGCUGUACUAUAUAAUAAGGCAAUAUUGGAGAUGUUAAAAAUUAAAAUUGAAUUUUUUUUCUUCACCUGCACUGAUGACGGUCAUUGUUUGGAUGGGUUUUUUUUAAUCCAUUUUUGCAGUCAAUCAAUCAAUCAAUCAGUCAAUCAGUAGCUGAACUGGGUUCCGCAGUCACAAAAACAAAUGAACCGAGAAAGCCUCAAAUACAAAACUGCAAAAUAAAUAGCAAAAGCGCCAAACUUAAUCUGUUCCGGAAGUCCAUUUGACUUCUGAAAUGUUUGGAAACCUGAUUGGUGCAGGCACCCCAGAAACAAGAGCCGACAGCCGCGGCGGACGUUUAGCUUCCGAAAAACGUUCAAAAACCGAAGCACUUCCGGGUUUUCGGCGUUUGGAUACCAAGGCGUUUGAGAACCAAGGUACCACUGCAACACCAUAAAAUGGACCCAUCUUCCUGUAGGAAACUGCCCUAUUAGACCAUUGUGUCCUCCAAGGCAGUGUUGCUUACACAGGCUGGCAGCAUCUCUCCCGCCUUUCGGGCCAUGGACAUUCUCCGCCCGAUCCAGAUGCGCAGGGAUUCGAACCCGGCGCACGUGCUCUGCCCAUUCAGCCAUCUCGCCUCUGCCCGUCGGGUUGCGCUCCCCAGCUGGGCAAGUUGAGGAGGGCUGUUUGGCUUUGGCUCCCUGCAAGCAGAAAGCUAGCAGCUCAGGGCAUGGGCCAAUAGGGUCUGUUUCUGGGGGAAUACGAAACCACUGGAACCAUAACAAUUCGGGGGAAAUAAUUCAGUUUAACCAAAUUAAGUGUGGGGCAACUCCCCCCCCCCCAAUAUUUUGUUUUCAGUGUUCUUGUUUUUGAGAAGGCUACUGAAAAUAAUAUGGAUUUAACUAAAGAUGGGAAGUUCGCCGUUUUCCCCACCCCGCCUCUCCCCUCUUCUCUGUCGUUUAAACACAAAAUAGAACCUUUUCCCCAUCCUGACACCCUAACUUUCUGCAUGCAAUUCCAUCCCAUGAUGGAAUUUAAAAAUCUAUCAUCCAGUUCUGCUCCAGUUCUGAGUAUCCCUGCAUGGGAACAUUGCAAAACAGGAAAAAGUCUCUUUAUUCUCUCUUAAACAUCCAAAUAUUGCUCUGUUUGUGGAAGGAAAGUGCUUUUAGCUUCAGGAGAACGCUGUCUUUGUAUGAUGGGACUGCUUAUCAAAGCUGAUUCCUUUAAAUAAUAAUAAUAAUUUCCUGGGCUGGCUUAAUUUUUAUUUCCCCCCUUCUCCAGCAGGUUUGGACGAGCGGCCGGCCUCUGGGUCCUGGGCAGCAGGAGAUCAGAAUAACUCCACGUUUGACCAAGUCAGGGUAAGGAUAAUUAGAAAAACCACUUUGGAAUAGAGCAAAAAAUAUUAAUAAUCUCUUGCUUUUUGAGAAUCAUUUUUUGGGGGGGUUGCAAAUAGGGGUGUAUGCAAUUGAAUGAAUGAAUCUUUAUUUGCGUCAGCCAUAGUAAUAAGACAACAAUACAAUAUAAAAAGAAUAGAAAGAACAGGUCAAAUGACUAGUCAGUAAGACUUGAUUUAAAUCAAUUUUCUUUACAGAAAGACUCAGCCUUGCUCUUAAUAUUGACAACCAGAUGAAGGUUUCAUUUUUGGAAUAAUAAAUUUCCAGAGUAGUUUUUACAGUUAUAUCCAAAAUUACUGAUUUGGUGAUAAGAUUAGCAAUACAGAAAGCAGAUAAUUAUGAAAUUAUGGCGAGGUUUAAUGAGUUAACUGUGUGUAUUCAGACGGCUUUUUCUGCUGUACUUUAUUGGAAGGAGAAAAAUAAUCGUUUCGUGAAUAACAAUUUGGACAAUUUAUUUAACUAAAACAAUAACUUUGUAGCAUAUGUUUGUUAAUUGAUGUGGUUAAACGAUUAUACCUUAGAAUGAAAACAAGAAUAAUAAUAAUAAUAAUAAUAAUAAUAAUAAUAAUAAUAAUAAACUUAGGCUGAGUUUUAGCACGCAUGAAAAGCUUAAAACAAAUCCUUAUUUCCUUGUAGCCUUUGGACUAUAAUGCAAAUUAAAUAGAAAAUCUCCCCCCCCCCAAAAAAAGCAUUUUAUUUUAAAAAUCUGAUUUAUUUAUUUUUUAAAUCCGAUUUAUUUAAUUUUUUAACCAUUGAUUUUUACCCACCCUGUCGCCUUUGUUUUUUAAGGACCCGCUUUUACAAUAUUUUCUUUCUCCUUUUCUUCCAGCAGGGCUACGGCGAGGGCUCCCACUACGGCGAGCACAGAGAACUCCCAUCCCAUAAUAGCCUAUCUUCGUCAUCAUUCCUGGGGUCCGGGAUCGUAGGUGAGAGCCGCUGCGUUGGCGGGGAAAACCUUCCUGUUCCCAAAUUUCUCGCCGGAGGUGCAUCGCGAUGCGGGGUGGGCUAGAUGUCCGCUGGGGUGUCCCAAACUUUAUUUUUCAAAGCAGUAGCUGCUGCCAGCCAGUGCUGACACCACUAAAGUCAAUGGGGCAUUUGGUACAGCGAACAUCACAGGCCAGAGCUAGCUUUCUGUGUUCGGGGUUGCAGAGGGCGGUCGCUUCAGGCGUGCUGGAUCGGCUCUGCGUUUCGCUUUGUGUACGGGAUGGGAGAACAAGGCCGCCUCUGAGCAUGCGCCGAGUGCCAGAACGAGCUUUUUCGGUACCGGGUCAGCUGCUUUCACACACAGAGCCGGGAGGGAUGUGGCCGGACGGCUUGACUUUUGGGAUUCGAACCCGCGCCCUAGUCUGCCGCCCUAACCUCUAAACCACAUGUGUGGGAUCCACAAAGAUAGGGAAUAAUAAUAGUAAUAAUAACAAUAAUAAUAAAAUAUUUAUAUCCCGCCCUCCCCAGCCGAAGCCGGGCUCAGAGCGGCUAAGAACGGUAAAAAUAACAUAAAAUCAUAAUCGAUUAAUUGAAAUACAUUCUAAAAUCAAUUCAUUCCAAAAUCAAUUCAAUAAUAAUAAAAUUUUAUUUUAUUUUAUUAUUUUAAUAGGGCGGUUCACAAAAAACUUUAUUAUUGAAAACACCUGCUCCAAAGGUCUUCUCUUACUACACUAGGGAUUAUAUAGCUAUACCUGGAAUUUUCAUGCAUAUCAGUUAAUAUCUUGACCCCCCUCCUCAAAAAUAGAUGUUUACUUGGUCAUUUUCCUAUGUCGUAAAGGCCAGAAUUUCAGUUCAGUGGAGGGGGGUCAAGAUAUUAACUGAUAUGCAUGAAAUUUCAGAUAGAGCUAUAUAAUCCCUAGUGUAGUAAAAUAAGACCUUUGAAGCAGGAAUUUUAUAUAUAUAUAAAAACCACAAUUUUUAAUGAACCGCUCUAAGGGGGAACCCCAAAGUGAAUUUUUUGGGGGGAGCCACCUUUGUCCAUCUUUGACCGGCCGCAACAGUUUGCAUCCUGCCCUUCCCCUCUUCCGAAACGCCCCCCCUUGAGUCUGAGACUCUGCUAAUCCCCACUAAUCCGGGUGUUUUUGGGGGGGAGAGAAAGAGGGAAGGCCGAGGGGGGGUGUCUGUUAAUUCACCCGCGCCGAUAAAUAAAUAGAUGCCAAUCAAAUCUCCAUUGAUCUCGGCUCCCUUUGCAUACCUGCAAACGAAUUUUGGGUUUUAUUUUAUUGGGGGGGGGUGCAAAUAGCGGUUAACUAGUCUGGGAGCCGAUAAGCCCUGGGUGGGUCGUUAUUUCUAGCAAUUAACUCCUUUUCCGAAAAGACCCGGCCUGCUAAUCUAGCUGGCGUUGUGAGCCGCUACCGUAUUAGACAAUGGUUUUUAAUCGGUUCAGGCUGACCAAUACACACACACACCCGGCCUCCCCCCACCACGCCAAUCGCUGCCUUUAAUCUCUUCCACCUUAUCUUGCCUCCUUCCUCUCUUGCCACUUCCACCCCCAAAAAAAUUUGCAUUUUUAAUUCAAUUAUUGCAGGAGAUACCCAAGAGACCGCGAUCUACUCACAGAGUUCAAAACUGGCAGAGAUCUACCCCCUUUUUGGGGGGUUCAGUUGCUGAGCUUUUUUUAGCAAGGAAAACCCUGUUUUUAGGGGUUAAAGUUGUUGCGCUUGAGGAGCCAGUGAUCUACUAGUGAUCUGCCACAGACGUCCCGUGAUCUACCGAUAGAUCACAGUCUACCUGUUGGGCGUGCCUGAAUUAUUGGAUCCAGACAUUUUCCGUUCUGCUUCCUGGAACCUCGGGCAAACGUGUCGGCUGUGGGUUUUGCGCCUACUUUUCUUAACUGCGGUUUAGCGUUAACCCUGGUUUGGUUUGGUUUAAAAAAAUAGAUAUUCAGAUGAUCCGGACAUUUUUCGUUCUGGUCCCUGGGACCCUGAGCAAAUGCAUCAGCUCUGGGUUUUGCGUCUGCUUUUCUGAACCGCGGUUUAGCUUUGGAUUUUUGCGCCUGCUUUUCUUAACCAUGGUUUAGCUGGUAGCGGGAGAGAAAGAGAGAGAAAUGUUCAGACAUUUUUCGUUCUGGUCCCUGGGACCCUGGGCAAAUGUGUCAGCUCUGGGUUUUGCGCCUGCUUUUCUUAACCAUGGUUUAGCUGGGGGGGGGGAGAGAGAGAGAGAGAGAGAGAGAGAGAUGUCCAGACAGUUUUCAUUUUGGUCCCUGGGCAAAUGUGUCAGCUCUGGGCUUUGCGCCUGCUUUUCUUAACCGCGGUUUAGCUUUGGAUUUUUGCGCCUGCUUUUCUUAACCAUGGUUUAGCUGGUAUAGAGAGAGAGAGAGAUGUUCAGACAUUUUUCGUUCUGGUCCCUGGGACCCUGGGCAAAUGCGUCAGCUCUGGGUUUUGCGCCUGCUUUUCUUAACCACGGUUUAGGUUUGGAUUUUUGCACCUGCUUUUCUUAACCAUGGUUUAGUUGGUAUAGAGAGAGACAGAGAGAGAGAGAGGUGUUCAGACAUUUUUCGUUCUGGUCCAUUUUUCGUUCUGGACCCUGGGCAAAUGCGUCAGCUCUGGGUUUUGCGCCUGCUUUUCUUAACCAUGGUUUAGCCUUAACCCUGGUGCCGUGUGUAUGUGUGUGAGAAAAUAAAUAAGGGGAAAACUCACGGUUCUCUCACCAGGCAGAGGCGAUUUAGGCCCAAGAUCUGGUGACGAAACCCGGCGGCGUUCAUUUUUUUGCGCGGAGAGGAAAGAGAAAUAAGGGGGGGCCCUGCUAGAGGCCGUCCUCCACGUGCAAAUUUAGCUCCUAAACCGCUUUGACAGAGGCGGGGGGGAAUUAGGUCAGUUAAAAGAUUUUGCCCUGCAACCCCGCGACCUCUUGCUGACUUAAUGCUAAGUCUCUCCAGAGAGUCGGGGAAUGUGGGCGUCAGAGAAAAGCAUAGGGUGGCCGUAUUUCGACAUUUGUUUGUGUGGGGUUUUUUUUGCAAAAUCUCCAAAAGAAAAAUGGAAGUUUUUUACAUACACACACACACACACACACACACACACACACACACACACCAUUUUUUAAGGGACAUUGCCAAAAAAUAAAAGUCAGUGAUUCCGAUAAGGGAAUGCCCUAUUACCGGGUUUUCCCCUGGGACAUUCUGCCCAGAUGCCAUUUUUGGCGGACGGAUCCUGGCUUCGUCUGGGGAAUUACGGCCGUACAGCAGCCCUAAGCGAUAUUACAUUUUUGCCAGUUUACUUGUUUGUUAGUAAGGUAAAGGUAAAGGGUCCCCUGACCAUUAGGUCCAGUCGUGGCCGACUCUGGGGUUGCGGCGCUCAUCUCGCUUUACUGGCCGAGGGAACCGGCGUACAGCUUCCAGGUCAUGUGGCCAGCAGGACUAAGCCGCUUCUGGCGAACCAGAACAGCGCACGGAAACGCUGUUUACCUUCCCGCCAGAGCGGUACCUAUUUAUCUACUUGCACUUUGACGUGCUUUCCAACUGCUAGGUGGGCAGAAGCAUGGACCGAGCAAUGGGAGCUCACCCCAUCAUUGCGGGGAUUCAAACCGCCGACCUUCUGAUCGGCAAGCCCAAGAGGCUCAGUGGUUUAACCCACAGCGCCACCCGCGUCCCAGCUCUGCCUCUCCUUCAAAUUGGAACCAGGGAAGGCAGUUUGAGGGUGCAUGGCAGCGAAUCUUGCCAUGCGCUUUCCUUGGAAGGUGACCCGGAAACUGCAACUAAUCCAGAAUUUGGCAGCUAGACUGGGGACUGGGAGUGGAGACCACAUAACACCGGUCCUGAAAGACCUACAUUGGCUCCCAGGACGUUUCCGAGCACAAUUCAAAGUGUUGGUGCUGACCUUGAAAGCCCUAAACGGCCCAGUAGACCUGAAGGAGCGUCUCCACCCACAUCGUCCAGCCCAGACACCGGGGUCCAUCUCCCGAGGGCCUUCUGGCGGUUCUCUCCCUGCGAGAAGUGAGUUUACAGGGAACCAGGCAGAGGGCCUUCUUGGUGGUGGCGCCCUCCCUUCAGACAGGAAUGAUUUUGACACACACCUCUCUCUAUCCUAUAUUAUUAUCAUUGUGUUUAUCUCCCGCUUGGACUACUGCCAUGCGCUCUCUGUGGGCCUCCUUUGAAGGUGACCCAGAAACCGCAACUAAUCCAGAAUGCGGCAGCCAGACUGGGGACUGGGAGUAGAGACCAUAUAACACCAGUCCUGAAAGACCUACAUUGGCUCCCAGGACGUUUCCGAGCACAAUUCAAAGUGUUGAUGCUGACCUUGAAAGCCCUAAACGGCCUCAUCCCUUCGUCUCCAUCCCGGACACCGGGGUCCCUCUCCCCAGGGUCUUCCCUCACUGCAAGAAGCGAGGUUGCAGGGAACCAGGCAGAGAGCCUUCUCGGUGGUGGCCCCUGCCCUGUGGAACUCCCUCCCACCAGAUGUCAAGAUCUAUGCAACUUUUAGGAGACGCCUGGAGGCAUUUUUGGAAGGGGGAAAAAAUAACACCCUUCUUGCCAUACGCCUGAACAAAAGGCAGUCCCAUUUUGUAAGGCAGUCCCCUUAAUCUGACAUCACUCAAGAUAUAAAGGCCUUGGUUUGUACAGGGAGGGGGAAAUGGUGGGGUUGUCCCCCAAAUUUUCCUGUUUCCUCCAGUUUUUCGAAAACAAAUAACAGAGGGGGCAGGGAAAAAAUAGAGGGGAACGUAGAGGGCCUUCCACAGGGUGGGCGCCACCACCGAGAAGGCCCCUUAUGUCCCCCUCUAUUUUUUCUUGUCUCCCCCCCUUUAUUUGUUGUUGAAAAACUGGAGGAAACGGGAAAAUUUGGGGCAGAACCCACCAUUUCCUCCUCCCUGUACACCCCAGACCUUUAUAACUCAAGUUGUUGUUCUUGUUGUUAUUUUUAUCAACUACAUCCUGUCCCAUUUCCACAUUAAUCUGUAUUUCCUUUUUUCCUCUCUGAAAACCCAUACGGAAAUGUGUAUUUUUAAGCCCCAAAUUCAUCACAAAAUGUGUUUUUUCAACACCUCCUUUUGUCUCACCUGGACGCCGCUCCAAAAACGCGCUGUCUUUGGCAAAAUGAAUUUCUCAAAAUUCAGAGGAGUGCGGACUACAGGACGGCAGGAUUUCGCCCUGAUCUGUGCAUUCAUUUGGGAGGUUUUAACAUUUUGGGUAAAGGGUGGUAUAAUAAUAAUAAUAAUAAUAAUAAUAAUUUUAAGCUUUGCUUAAAAGCGUGAGCUCAAAUGCUCCCAGGCCUGUUCGCCCUCAAUUCUUUGCUCUGUCCUCAAAAACAAAAGUUGGAAUGGGAACCCCAGAGGUCAUGCAAUCCAACCCCCGGUUUUGGGUGCUCACAGACUCUUCUUUUCUUCCCUCUUCUUCUUUUCUCUAGGGAAAGGCACAGAAAGAGGCGCCUAUCCAUUCGGAAGAGACAUGCCGGCUCUGAACCAGGUGAGCAAAAUUCCUUAACUUAUCCACUAUCUCCUUUUGCUGUUCGGGGUUUUGCCGGUACGGAUCUUGGCAGGCGUUUGGUUUCCCAGAGCCCACCAGCGAAUGGCAGGAAGGCUUGAAUAUUUGCGUGUAUUUAUGCAGAUAGACUGCUGCAGAACGUGGAGGUUUCGUUUGGCGACAAGACCCCCAGCGGUUUGCGGAGAAAACUCCCAACUCCAAGAGGCCUUUGCACCUUCGUUUUUUGCACCCGAGAAAUCAGAUUUCCCUGCUCCUUUUUAGAUGCUUUUGUCGAGAAAGCAGCGGGUUGGGCUGGAUGAACUCUGGAGGGCCCUUCCCGACUUCACAAUCCUGUACUUUGUCUCCCUCUAACCAAGACACUGUUUUAAAACCCGCAGCGGUUUCCCCCGACGUUGCGUUUCCGAAACAUCUGUGUGGGGACUAGCUCCUCGGUGCAAUUUAAUUUUUAAAAGCGGAGGAGCAUAAAUGCCAGCAGCGGGUUUUAAUGUUCUGCGUUUCUAUGUGGGGUUUGGGGGGGUUGUUUGCAGGGAGGAGGCGUGGGGAGGGGGAGCGAAGAUGGGGGGCAGGAUCCGAACGCAGCAGCAGCAAAGCUGCCCCUAUAGCUCUGCACUGAGACUUUCUGCUUCUCCCCAAAGGCGCUAGUCUUCAUGGUUUCAGGGGGAAGCUGAAACACGGCUUUCUCUGAAGCCAAGCCGUGGGUCGCACAAUGGCAUAUGCUGCCUGGCUGCUUCUCUCGCACCCACAACCAGGCCACAACUGUGCCCCCAAAGGACCAGGUGCGCAGCCUGGGAGUCAUUCUGGACUCACAUCUGUCCAUGGAGGCGAAGGUCAAUUCUGUGUCCAGGGCAGCUCCAUCUGGGACGCAGGAUGAGACCCUCCCUGCCUGCAGACUGUCUGGCCAGAGUGGUGCAUGCUCUGGUUAUCUCCCGCUUGGACUACUGCCAUGCGCUCUCCGUGGGGCUACCUUUGAAGGUGACCUGGAAACUGCAACUAAUCCAGAACGCAGCAGCCAGACUGGGGACUGGGAGUGGAGACCACAUAACACCGGUCUUGAAAGACCUAUAUUGAUUCCCAGUACGUUUCUGAGCACAAUUCAAAUUGUUGGUGUUGACCUUGAAAGCCCUAAACAGCCCAGUAGACCUGAAGGAGCGUCUCCAGCCCGGACACCGGGGUCCCUCUACCGAGGGUCUUCUGGCAGUUCCCUCCCUGCGAGAAGCGAGGUUACAGGGAACCAGGCAGAGGGCCUUCUCGGUGGUGGCGCCCUCCCGUCAGAUGUCAAAGAGAAAAACAACUACCAAACUUUUAGAAGACAUCUGAAGGCAGCCCUGUUCAGGGAAGCUUUUAACGUUUAACAGGUUACUGUAUUUUAGUGUUUUGUUGGAAGCCGCCCAGAGUGGCUGGGGAAACCCAGCCAGAUGGGUGGUGUAUAAAUAAUAUAUUAUAAUUAUUAUAAUUAUUAUUAUUAUUAUUAUUAUUAUUAUCUCUUUUUCACGGACGCUGUUGUCUUCCUCUCUCUCUCGUCCCCGCAGCCCGGCUUCCUGCCCAGCGAAAUGGGGAUUUCGAGCCCCAGCGCGUUGUCGCCGACGGGGGUGAAGGGCGGCUCGCAAUAUUACCCGUACGCCAACAACCCUCGCCGGAGAGGGGCGGACAGCAGCAUAGGUACGUGCACAGGCUGGCAGCAUCCCUCCUUUCCCACCCUGCUUAGAGAGGCAGGGAAUCAGACCUGUUCAUUGGCCCAUCUAGCUGAAUAUUCCCUGCACGGACUGGCAGCAUCCCUCCUUUCCCACCCUGCUUAGAGAGGCCGGGAAUCAGACCUGUACACUGGCCCCUCUAGCUGAAUAUUGCCUGCACGGACUGGCAGCACCUCUCCUUUCCCACCCUGCUUAGAGAGGCCGGGAAUCAGACCUGUACACUGGCCCCUCUAGCUGAAUAUUGCCUGCACGGACUGGCAGCAUCUCUCCUUUCCCACCCUGCUUAGAGAGGCAGGGAAUCAGACCUGUACACUGACCCCUCUAGCUGAAUAUUGCCUGCACGGACUGGCAGCAUCUCUCCUUUCCCACCCUGCUUUGAGAUACCAGGGAUCAGACCUGCACAUUGGCCCAUCUAGCUGAAUAUUCCCUGCACAGACUGGCAGGAUCUCUCCUUUCCCACUCUGCUUAGGGAUACCGGGAAUCAGACCUGUUCAUUGGCCCAUCUAGCUGAAUAUUGCCUGCACGGACUGGCAGAAGCUCUCCUUUCCCCACCCCCCAGCUCUUCAUUUAUUCCCCCCCCUCCACAUUUAUAACGGGGCAGAACAGAGAGAGAGAGGUGCGUACAGGAAACGCUCCGCUCCGCUUCCAGACAUCUGGCAUUCAUUGCGGGAAAGGAAUCUCUGGAAUGGAGGCUUGCUGGAGAACUCAGCCAUGUGCAAAAAAAAAAAAAAGCAAGCUUCUUUCCCUCCCCCCCUUUUUUUAAACCUUGCCUAAGUUAUUCUACUUUAUUUUGGGGCGGCAGUAGUCAAGGAAGCAGACAAUACCCCACCCCCAAAUAAAUCAAGACUUCAAUAGCCGCCCUUUUCAGCGAGUUUUCUCUGCACAAUGAGGUCUAGAAACCUGCCGUCCCGGAAAUAAAAACACAACCGAGAUUCUCCAGAAGUUGGCAAGCACAGGCAUCUUGCACCGAGUCGAAACAUCGCUUCAUCCAGCUCUGGCUGGCAGCAGCUCUUUGGGGUUUCCGGCAGGGAGUCUCUCCCGACCCCCUCCCAGGCGAAGACACAUUUUCUUACAAAAAGCCCCCAAACCUAUGCUUUUUCUGCCUGUGCUCCCCUCACCAGCGAAGACGCGUUUUCUUGCAAAAUGCCCCCAAACCUAGCUUUAUCUGCCUGUUCUCCCCUCCCCAGCGAAGACUCAUUUUCUUCCAAAAUGCCCUAUUAUCCUUUCUUCCUGCCUCUUCCCCCAACCCCUCAGCAAAGAGGCAUUUUCUUGCAAAACCGUUUUUCGUGUGUGCAAAAUAAUAAUAAUAAUAAAAUCCCAUGAACAUUCCCUGUCUGGAAAGGGGCGUGGGGCUGCUCUGCCUGCGCAACGCCACACGCCCCCCCCCCGCAACGGUCUCCCUCCUGCACAAUUUCCUGCCCCUUUCCCUCCCCCCGUUUUUUGCUUUCAUCCCCCCGCCUUGGAACUAAUGAAAUCCACCUGUUCUGGCGAAGAGCAGGCUCACUUUGUAAAAUUCCUCUCCAGCCUGCUCUGGCCUGCGGGGUCUUAGCGCCGAGGUUUUGGGGACCCGUCUCCCAAAGGGGGUUGUGCCGCAAAAAAAAAAAAAAGGGAUAUUUAAAACUUUCCCGGAUUCCAGAGCCCCUAUCCGGCCGCCGAGACCAUAUAACACCGGUCUUGAAAGACCUACAUUGGCUCCCAGGACGUCAGAAUGACUCUUGCUGGGUGCAAAAGAAGAGGGACUGUUUUGGGGGGACAGGAAGUGGGCGGGUGUGGGGGACUCCUUGGUCCUGAAUGGGGUCACUGUGCCCCUGAAUGACCAGGUGAGCAGCCUGGGGGUCAUUUUGGACUCACGGCUGUCCAUGGAGGUGCAGGUCAAUUCUGUGUCCAGGGCAGCUCCAUCUGGUACGCAGGAUGAGACCCUCCCUGCCCGCAGACUGUCUGGCCAGAGUGGUGCAUGCUCUGGUCAUCUCCCGCUUGGACUACUGCCAUGCACUCUUCGUGGGGCUGCCUUUGAAGGUGACCUGGAAACCGCAACUAAUCCAGAAUGCUGCAGCUAGACUGGGGACUGGGAGUGGAGACCACAUAACACCGGUCCUAAAAGACCUACAUUGGCUCCCAGGAUGUUUCCGAGCACAAUUCAAAGUGUUGGUGCUGACUUUGAAAGCCCUAAAUGGCCCAGUAGACCUGAAGGAGCAUCUCCACCCCCAUCGUCCAGCCCGGACACUGGGGUCCAUUUCCCAAGGGCCUUCUGGCGGUUCCCUCCCUGCGAGAAGUGAGGUUCCAGGGAACCAGGCAGAGGGCCUUCUCGGUGGUGGCUCCUGCCCUAUGGAACGCCCUCCCAUCAGAUGUCAAAGAGAAGAACUACUACCAGACAUUUAGAAGACAUCUGAAGGCAGCCCUGUUUAGGGAAGCUUUUAAUGUUUAAUAGGUUAUUGUAUUUUAGUGUUUUGUUGGAAGCCGUCCAGAGUGGCUGGGGAAACCCAGCCAGAUGGGCGGGGUAUAAAUUAUUAUUAUUAUUAUUAUUAUUAUUAUUAUUAUUAUUAUCCACCCAAGGCUGCCGUGUCUCUGUGCGACUCCCUGUUCCGAAUUCUCAGGGCUGGGUGCGGGUUUGGCAUUUUGCCAUUCGAGGUUUCGCGGAAGGGAUAACCGUUGAAAAUUCAAGCUGCGGGGAUACAGUGGUACCUUGGUCCUCAAACUUAAUCUGUUCCGGAAGUCCGUCCCAAAACCAAAGCGUUCCAAAACCAAGGCGGGCUGCUUUCCCAUAGAAAGUAACACAAAAUGGAUUAAUCCAUUCCGGACUUUUAAAAACAACCCCUAAAACAGCCAUCAAACAUGGAUUUUACUAUCUAACGAGACCAUUGAUCCAUAAAACGAAAGCAAGAAUCAAUGUACUGUACUAUAAAAUAAAUAAGGCAGUAUUGUUGAUGAUAAAGAUUAAAAUUAUUUUUUUUCUUACCUGCACUGAUGAUGGUCAUGGUUUGGAUGGGGGGCUUUUAUACAUUUCCGCAGUCAAUCAAUCCAUCCAUCCAUCCAUCCAUCAGUAGCUGAACUGGGUUCCACACAGCCACAAAAACAAAUGAACCGAAAAAGCCUCAAAAUCAAAAUCGCAAAAUAAAGAACGAAAACAAAAGCGCCAGACUUAAUCCGUUCCCAAAGUCUUUUUGACUUCCGAAAUGUUUGGAAACUAAGGCUGAUUGGUGCAGGCGCCCGGGAAACAAUAGCCAACAGCCGCGUCAGACGUCCGGCUUCCAAAAAACGUUCGUAAACCGGAACACUUCCUUCUGUGUUUUCGGCAUUUGGGAACAAAGGUACCACUGUACACAGGUAGCAAUAGGCAGUUUAGGGAGGGGGUUCCCAUUGGGACAUCUAGUUGCGCCCCCCCUCCCCGUGAGAACAAGAUGUUUGGGGAGAGUCUCUUUAAUACUGCUUACGGGUCUUGAGUUCGAGAAUGAAACCCUUGAGAUUACAGCACCGAAACCAGGAAUACUAAAAAUACCCCCAGCCCGUCCCAAAAUAGCGAGCUGCGUGGUCAUAACCGGAAGAGCGAAACAUCUCGGGGGACCUUUUUCGAAACGGAUCGUGGCCUCUGGGCUCGCGCCCGUAAUAAAUCCGUCGGACUUUGAGCGUGGCUCGGAGACUUAUUCUUGUUCACUGAAUUUAUGCGCCGCCCGCAGGUCUCAAGGGUGGUUCGCAGAAGGAAAUCGGAAUAUAAAACCGCAAAAUUGCGCCAUCAGAAUAAAAAGAACAACCCCAUAGCACACAUGAACACCGGAAAAAAACACCCCAAUAUUCUGACUCCGACAGAAGUCGGCGAGAUUAUUUAGAGCAGCAACGUUCAGCCCCUUUAAACCCCAAAAUGCAUUUUGUAAUCUUUCGUAAUUUUGUAAUGCAUUUUGUAAUCUUUUGUAAUACCUGCUUGUGAAUCGCCAUGAGACAUGUUUAGGGCAUUCUAUAAAUUCAACAAAUAAAUAAAAUACCGUACUUUUCAGUGUUUUUUUACUCUAAAAUAAUGUUCAAAAUCUGGGCUCUUCUUAUACAUGGAUAGUAUCUCUCCCCAUUUUCUUAAACUGGAGUCCCCCCAAAAUAGGGGUGUCUUAUACUUCAGGGCGUCUUAUAGACGGAAAAAUACGGAAAUAAGAAUGAAUAAAUCUGGGAUGCGACAGGUUGUGGGGACCUCGGUUGGCAGAAAGCACCCCUGGCGCUACGAAAUCUAAUCUGCCACGUUAGGAAUGGCUCUGUAAUUAUGUUUGCUAACGCUUUUUAAAAAAAAAAUAAUCUCCCCCCCUUUUUUUCCCCCUCUUCCUCUUCGCACCCCAAAUUCAGACGGACAGCCGAAAAAAGUCCGGAAAGUUCCUCCAGGACUUCCCUCUUCGGUAAGCCAUUUUUCCGUUUUACUCUCUGGCAAAGGCGGCCGCGACUGGGGGUGUUUUCCCCCCUGUGUCGUCAAAGGGAGGGGGCGCUAACAGCCUGGGCCUCCCAUUGGCUGUGCUUCUGUGAUGUCACCGAAUGCCCGGCGGGUUGCAAACAUUGGGAAUGCGGCGAGUUUGAGAGGGAAGCCCUUGCUGUGGGCGGUGGGAAGGGCCGGCUGGAGACGUUUGGGCACCUGGAGGGGAAAGGGGGGGUGGGAAUUAAAGCUCUAUAUCAGGACCAAGGUGGGAAGUGGGGAUCCCUUUAUGGAUCAAGGGAUCCCAGACCCUGAGAUCUCUUUUAGAUGCCAGGAGAGGUCCGGACGGGGGCAACUCGAGAGCAGGGCCUUUUUGGUGGUGGCUCCCUUUUGCAAGAUGCUCUCCCCAGGGAGAUUCGCCUGGCCCCUCCAUUUAGGUGCCAGGCAAAAACGUUCCUCUUCUACCAGGUCCCCUUUGAAAUGUGUUUUAUUUUUAUUUGGGGUUAGUUUUUCGUUUUUAUUUCGACGGCGCGUUUUCUGUUUUUAAUGUUGCGGUUUUAUCUCGCGAACCGCCCUGACAGCUAUAGGGCGGUAUACAUUAUUAUUAUUAUUUAUCAUUACACCUCUGCGCCUGAGUUUUCUGUUUUAUUUUCCGCAUAUGGGGAAGGGGGUAUAUGUCCAGAAUUUUGCAUUUUUUUGGGGGGUGCUUAAUGAAACCCUCAAGCCCCGCAACCGCCCCCCCAAUCUUAUCCCCCUCCCCCAAAAAGACAGGAGAAGGCAAUGGCUGCAGAGAAUUCUCCUUUCUCUGAUUCGAGAACUGCAUAGUUAUUUUUUUUCCCCAGGAAGGGGGGAAGGAAUCUCCCUUGCUUCAGUUUGCAGAAUUUUUUGGGGGGACACUUUGCCAAUUGGGGUACCCCCAAAAAAGACAGCAGAAGGCAAGCCUGCAAAGAAUUCUCCUUUCUCUGAUUCGAAAACUGCAUAGUUAUUUAUUUUUCCCAGGAAGGGGGGCAGGAAUCUCCCUUGCUUCAGUUUGCAGAAUUUGGGAGGGGGACACAUUGUCAAUUUUGGGGUACCCCCAAAAAAGACCGCAGAAGGCAAGUCUGCAAAGAAUUCUCCUUUCUCCAAUUCAAGAACUGCAUCGUUAUUUUAUUCUCCCCGCAAAGGAAUCAUCCUUGCUUCCGUUUGCAGAAUUUUUUUUGGGGGGGGGGACGACGACGACGACGACACUUUGCCAUUGCAUGCACAAACACACCGUCCUGUUUGCAGAUUGCCCUUAUAUUGGGGUUUUCUCCCUUUGCACCUCCCUGUUUUUGAAGCUGCUCUUUUUUCUCUCUCUCCCGCUGCCUCCACCCUCUUAUUUUAUUUUAUUUUAUUUUAUUGGGCCUCCCCCCCUCCUCCUCCUCGCGCCCCCCCCAGCACCACGCAGCUGCCUGCAAAUCUGGCAGCCUGCCAAGCCCUGGCAGAUGGCACGGAGCUAUUAUUCCUGCUCCGCUCCCCGGCUCCUGCUAUGUAAUCAAAUUAUAGGAAAAGGCAAUUUACCGGGUUUCUUAUUCUUUGCAGACGGCUACGGUUCCCCCCGCUCAGACUCCCCUCUCUUUUUUCUCCCUCUUCACCCCCCCAACCCAAAAAAACCCUGCACCUCUCGCUCAAGUACACAGAACACGCUGCAGGGGGGGAAAUGGGAAGGGGGGGGAGAUUGUAUUUUUAUUUUCUUCCCUGCAAAAACGUCCCCCUCCAGUUGGGUGGUUUAAAAAAAAUAAAAUGCAAGAUUAUAUUAUAAUUUUUUAAAAGUCUGUUUAGCAUGGGUGCAAGAUCCUUUUUUAAAAAACCGUGAUCGGAACUUGGAGGGUGUGUGUGUACGGUUUUGGAAUCGUUUAUUAUUAUUAUUUGUUCCUGGGUCCCUGCAAAUCCAUCUCCCCUCAAGUUGGGUGGUUUUUCCCAAGAAAGAGGCAAUUUUUUAAAAAGGCUGUUUAGCAUGGCUGCAAGAUUCUCGCCAUCGAAACCUGGAAGGGGGGGGCGCGUGUACGAUUUUGGAAUCGUUUAUUAUUAUUUAUUUAUUUUCCUGGUUCCCUGCAAAUCCGUCCCCCUUGAGUUGGGUGGGUUGUUUUUUUUUUUAAAGAAGAAGCAUUUUUUUUAAAAAAAAAAAAAAGCUGUUUAGCAUGGGUGCAAAACUUGGAGGGGGGGCAGCGAACCGUUCUCCCCACUCCCCGCCCCCCCCCCGUGAUAUAUGCAAAGCGAGCGAAAGAUCCACGUCAUUUUAAAAGAGUCUGAGAGUCUUUCCAGAGGCCUAAAUUCUGCUCCUUUUGAAACUCUGACGCCAGUUUCGGUUUUGUGGUUUUUUGGCGUCUCAAAAUCGGUCAUUUCUGAAUGUGCACCCCACCCCACCCCGGGAAUUGGUUCCCCCCAAAAAAAUAAAAAACACCCUGGGUGCAAUUUAAGAAGGAGUGAGGAGUGCAUAAAGGAUCCAUAUUAGGGCGGUUCAUAAAAAACCUUUUUUUAAAUGCCUCCUCCAAAGGUCUUAUCUUACUACACUAGGGAUUAUAUAGCUAUAUAUGAAAUUUCAUUCGUAUUGGUUAAUAUCUUGACCCUGCUCCACCGAACUGACACAGGAAAACGACCAAGUAAACAGCUGUUUUAUUUUAUUUUAUUAUUAUUAUUAUUAUUAGAUCCGCGAGCCGUCAAUUAUUAAUAAUUUUUAAAUUGUUCUUCAUGCCUUGCUCAUUUGGCUGGGUUGGCCCUCUAGGGGAAAAGGGGGGGGACACAGAAUAAUAAUAAUAAUAAUAAUAAUAAUAAUAUAACAACAACAACAACAGAAUAAAACUUCCUUGGCCUGGGAAUCGCGGGUUCCUCCAGAGAUGGUUGGGAUUUGCACUCGGCACCGACUCCGCAGAUGCUGCCGGCUGGGGAUUAAAUGGGUGACGACUUUUCCCGUUUUCUCUCUCUUUUAACAGGUAUAUCCACCCAACUCAGGUGACGACUAUAGCAGGGAACCGGCCAGCUAUCCCCCAUCCAAAGCCCCCAGCACUGUCUACCCUGGAGCCUUUUACAUGCCAGGUACGACCCCCCUGCCAGGUGGGCCUCCGGAGCAUGGGGGUUCGAGGCUGGUCUGAGUCAGGGGGGGGCCCUGACCCCAGGGGCCAGGAGGGGGAGACAUUUGUGGCCCUCGGGUUGUUACUGGGCUGCAACGCAAAACGGCCCCCAAGACCUACUGGGCUCUGGGAGUCCCGACAGCAUCUCUGGAGGGUCACAGAUGGUCCCCAGAUCUGCCCUAAAGACAAUUUUCUUUCUUUCUUUCUUUCUUUCUUUCUUUCUUUCUUUCUUUCUUUCUUUCUUUCUCUCUCUCUCUCUCUCUCUCUUUCUUUCUUUCUGUUUCUCUAUCCUCCAUCUCCAUCUCUCUCUCUCUCUUUUUCUUUCUUUCUUUCUUUCUCUCUCUCUCUCUCUCUCUCUCUCUCUUUCUUUCUUUCUCUCUCUGUCUCUUUCUAUCUAUCUCUUUCUCUUUCUUGCGCUCUCUCUCUCUCUUUGUCUUUCUCUUUCUUUCUUUCUUUCGUUCUCUCCCUCUCCCUCUCCCUCUCUCUCUCUCUCUCUCUCUCUCUAUUUCUUUCUCUCCUUCUGGACUCAGCUAUACAGCUGCAAGCAAAACACUUUAAAUGUGUUGCAAAGCACAAAACACAAAUGUGCCACUAGAUGGCGAAAGCAAGCUAUGCCAAAUUCAAUGUAAUUUUCAUUUUCACGGAGAACAAGAGCUACAAACAUUUAAUGAGGAUUUCUUCCUCUCCUUCGUCUCUCUCUCUCUCUCUCUCUCUCUGUGUGUGUGUGUGUGUGUGUGUGUCUUUCUAUCUAUCUAUCUGUAUCUCUUUCUUUCUGGACUCAGCUACACAGCUGCAAGUAAAACGCUUUAUAAACGUGUAGCAAGGCGCAAUAUACAAAUGCAACACUAGGGGGCAAGAGGGAGCUAUGCCAAAUUCAGUAUAUUUUUUUCAAAAUUAGUGAAAUGUAUAAAUUUGAAAAGCAUAAAUAUUUAAUUUUUUUUAAUGGAGAGGAGAAAAGAAACCCUCUUUUUUUUUUUUUUUUUUUUGCCUUGUCUCUCAGAUGGACUUCACAACUCGGCGGACUUGUGGAAUUCCUCAACCUCCAUCAGCCAGUCUAAUUACGGGGCCAUCCUGGGAGCGUCAUCCUCUCCUCUCCCGCAAUCCGGCAACUUCAGCAGUCUUCAUCAGCACGAAAGGAUGGUAAUGGCACAGAUUUGGGGGGGGGGUAUAGGGAUGCGGGUGGCGCUGUGGGUUAAACCACAGAGCCUAGGACUUGCCGAUCAGAAGGUCGGCAGUUCGAAUCCCCGCAAUGACGGGGUGAGCUCCCAUUGUUCGGUCCCUGCUGCUGCCAACCUAGCAGUUUGAAAGCACCUCAAAGUGCAAGUAGAUAAAUAGGUACCACUCCAGCGGGAAGGUAAACGGCGUUUCCGUGCGCUGCUCUGGUUUGCCAGAAGCGGCUUAGUCCUGCUGGCCACAUGACCCGGAAGCUGGACGCCGGCUCCGUCGGCCAAUAAAGCGAGAUGAGCGCCAAAACCCCAGAGUCAGCCACCCAUAUUUUUACCCCACCCAUCUGGCUGGGUUUCUGGCAGCUCCCAACAGAAUAUUAAAAACACAAUAAAACUUCAAAUAUUACAAACUUCCCUAAACAGGGCUGCCUUCAGGUGUCUUCUAAAAGUCAGGUAGUUGUUUAUUUCCUUGACAUCUGGUGGGAGGGCGCCACCACUGUGAAGGCCCCCUGCCUGGUUCCCUGUAACCUCACUAGGCCAGGUGGAGAGGCAGUGACUGGCCCAAAGUCACACCCAGUGAGCUUCAGGGCUAAGCGGAGAUUUGAACCCGGGUCUCUCAGUUCCCAGUAAGUCACUCUUACCCCUAAACCAUAAUGGCUCUCUGAUUUUCCCAUCAGCCACUUUGGGCGGCUUCCAGUAUGUGUAAAAACAGAAUAAAACUUCAAACAUUACAAGCUUCCCUAAACAGGGCUGCCUUCAGAUGUCUUCUAAAAGUCAGGUAGUUGUUUAUUUCCUUGACAUCUGAUGGGAGGGCAUUCCACAGGGCGGGUGCCACCACCGAGAAGGCCCUUUGCCUGCUUCCCUGCAACCUUGCUUCUCGCAGGGAGGGAACCGCCAGAAGGCCGUACGGACAAAAUUCCCCAGAUAUAGCCCGACGAAAAUAAUCGAAUGACAGCUAAAAUGUCCAGGAAUCUUCUGGGGCAAUUUUACUAAAAAAUCAGCUUGACCCCUUUGUCCCCUUACAGAACUACCCGAUGCAUUCAGGAGAAGUGAACGGCGGACUCCCUUCUGUCUCGGGCUUUUCCUCGGCCUCCAACCAGUACGGAGUCUCCAGCCACACGCCCCCCAUCAGUGGGACGGAGAGUGUUAUGGGUUCGUAUCCAAACCUUUCCUUUUUAUUUUAUUUUUCCUGUUGUUGCUGAUAAUCGAGGAUUCGAGCCGCCUUGCGUUCCAGAAAUUAGCAGGCCGAAGUUGGCGGCGCUUGCAUUUUUCGUUGGAAUCAUCCCUCCAGUCCAGAUAAGGGCAAGACAUUCAAUCUCGCGAGAGUCAAAGCGCGUCUAUGUUUUGGAAUUGCUCGGUUAUGCAGAGAGGGUGCUGGAGAGUCGAAAUGGGAAGGUGGAAAAUAGUCAUACCAUGGGCAAAAUUUCCUUAUUGUGGCCAAGUUGUUCCGAUGCUCGAUAUCAUUUAGGCGCUGACAUACUAGACUGUUUGCUUUACUAAAACCCAGAGUGAGUAGCUGUUGUGGUGCUAAACCAGCAGAGUGAAUUUUCUGAUAGACCAUUUUAGAUCAGGCGCUUUGGGGAUCUUGCAGCACUCGGGAUAUUACACCGGGAGGGUCUGAGUUUAGGCAAAGCCAAGAGUUCAGUGUCCUGCGCCAGAUCCAUAUUUCUACUGAGCGGAGAUUAGCCUCUAGGCGCAAUGAUGCGUUUGGGACACAGGGCGGGACAGAAAAAAUUGGUUUUGGUUGGACCGCGUCCGUACAUCCCUUCCGACUCCUACCGUCAGAUCGUAGCAUCGGGAUAAGGGACUCAUCCAGCACCAUCCAACAUAGCUGUCAACGUUUCCCUUUUUAAAAGCGAAAGUUGACAGCUAUGCAAUCCGAAACCGGACUAGACCCUGCUAAUAAUAAUAAUAAUAAUAAUAAUAAUAUUUUUUUAUUUAUACCCCGCCCUCCCCAGCCAAGGCCGGGCUCAGAGCGGCUUACAAGCAAUAAUAAAAACAAGAUGAAUGAUUACAACUUAAAAACAAAAAUAAAAUACAACAUUAAAAUAAUGGAACAUUAAAAUAUUAAAAUGUAGCCUCAUCGCAGGAGGAGAAGGAAAGGAAAAAAGAAAGAAAGGGAGGGAGGGAGUCAACGCUUAGCGUUGCUAACGUGCGCCGGCAAAUCUCGUGAUCAGAAAACCAAAUUUCCCGGCUGCCCUGAUGUCCGUGAGGAAUCGGGGAGGGAGGGCACGGUUUAUUUGCAAGAACCGGGGAGGGGGGGUCCUCGCAGGUUGUUGUUUUUCCCCCAAAAAAUUAUUGGUUUUCCAAAAAAAAUAAACAAACAAACAUAUUAACUGUACUUGAUCCAAUCUUAGUAACAUUGUUAAGUGACCCCCCUGGCUGAAUUUCAGUGUAUAGUAUUGUAACAGUUUUCCAGAACCAAUUUUCUCAUAAAAUUAACUUAGUCACUUAACAUCUUUCUUUGUUUCCAUUUUGACUUUAAACAUAUUAUUCUCUUAACGGCGCAUAUUUAAAUCCUAACCCUAUCUGGUAUUUGCAAGUUUUUCCAAUUAAGUUAUCUUAGCAUGUUUGGAUAAAUAGUCUUUGAAUUUCAUCCGUUCCUUCUGGUCCUCCUCCUCCUCCUUCUGGUCGCAGACUCUUCUGAUCAGGUUGGAUAGCUCCGAAAAGUCCAUCAUCCUCGCCUGCCAUUCCUCCACUGUUGCGACUUCUUAUGAUUUCCAAUUCUUGGCUAACAAAAUUCUAACUGCAGUUGCGGCACACAAAAACAAUCUAACAUCUUUUUUGGGCGAUUCGAAACCUAGGUUCCCCGCAUGUUUAUUUCUCUUCCAUCACCUGUCUCAGGUGCAAAAAAAACCCCCUCUUCCGGCCUUUUCCUCCUGCAGGCACUCCGCCCCCCCACCCCCACCCAUCCCAUUCUCGUCCUUUCCUGCUGAAUGUAGGUUAAUCUCUUGGGGAGUGUCGGAAAGCCAUUAGUGCUACGGAAAUAGAUGCGUUUGGGUCUAAGCCGCUGUCUAGGGGCCGCCCGACGCUAAUGCCUCCCCCCUUGUACGGCAGCCACAAGCACGCAGCCUCCCUCUGCUUGGGAACUGGAAGCCGGUUUAUUUUAUAUACCAUAUUUUUCACUCUAUAAGAUGCACGCACCUGACCAUAAGACGCACCUAGUUUUAGAGGAGGAGAACAAGAAAAAAAACUAUUCUCUCCCUCUCUGCUCAGCGCCUCUCCAGCAAAGCGGGAAGAGAAACGGAAGGUUUAUUUUAUAUACCGUAUUUUCCGCUCUGUAAGAUGCACCCGACCAUAAGACGCACCUAGUUUUAGAGGAGGAGAACAAGGAAAAAAAUAUUCUCUCCCUCUCUGCUCAGCGCCUCUCCAGCAAAGCAGGAGGAGAAACGGAAGGUUUAUUUUAUAUACCGUAUUUUCCGCUCUAUAAGACACACCUGACCAUAACACGCACUUAGUUUUAGAGGAGGAGAACAAGGGGAAAAUAUUCUCUCCCUCUCUGCUCAGCGCCUCUCCAGUGAAGCGAAGGCGAGAGAGCAAGAGGGAUCGGUGCACACCGAUCCCACUUGCUCACCUGGCUUCAGUGAAAGCUGCGCAGCCUGCGUUUGCUCCAUAAGAUGCACACACAUUUUGCUUUAUAGGAGGGGGAAAGUGCGUCUUAUAAAACGAAAAAUACGGUAUAUAUAUAAUAUGAUUUGUGCUUUCAGCACGCCUGUCUUUGCCACGGGGUAACCGGACGGCGUCUUUGCAAGGAGAGCAAUGCAUGUUUUUAUAUUUGCACCCUGGACAGUGGAGGGUGCUUGUCUCUGAGCGUGCAAAUUCCACACACAGACCCGAAAAUAAAGAAGCAAUCGUGGGGCGAAAUGCAGACCCAUUGCAGGAGAUGAGGAGGAGGGGAUUACUCAGACGGGGUGGGAAGGGGCGUUGUGGUCGGAUCAAGGCUCGGAAAGGCCAAGGGCUCUGUUGUGGGAAAACACACAAACACACACGGGUGAAGGGGCCUGAAACGCAGGACGUGCUAAUCUCCCUCACCCUGCAAUGAACCUGUUGCAAAACCCCGGUGGCUAUUAAUCUCCCUUCUCUUUUCUCGGCUUUUAUUUUUGCAUUUUCGGUUACGAACCUUCGUUUCUCUCCCUAUAAUAUUCCAUUAGCUCGACAACCGGUGCAACAACCUAAUAACAAUGGCGAUUAUCGAUUGCGACCCUGAAACGUCUCAAGUUAUUUCCUAUCGCAAGAAGGCCUAUUUUCCCCUGACGUCCUAAGUUUCCAUUUGGUUUUGCUGCGAUGUUUAUCUCCCUUUUUAGCCUUUGGGACACGGGUGUUCCUAAAUCCAGUUCUCUUAAAAAAAUGUUUGGGGGUGCUCUCAUUUUGACUCAAGAAAACCACCAUUUUAUAGUUCAAAUCGGGGAAAAUAAAUACAGUAAAUGGACAAAAGUACAGAGAUUCCCAAAAUACGUAUUUUUUGCUCUGUAAGACUCACUUUUUCCCUCCUAGAAAGUAAGGGGAAAUGUGUGUGCAUCUUAUGGAGCGAAUGCAGGCUGCGCAGCUAUCCCAGAAGCCAGAACAGCAAGAGGGAUUGCUGCUUUCACUGCGCAGUGAUCCCUCUUGCUGUUCUGGCUUCUGAGAUUCAGAAUAUUUUUCUUCUUGUUUUCCUCCUCCAAAAACUAGGUGCGUCUUGUGCUCUGGUGCGUCUUAUAGAGUGAAAAAUACGGUAUAUAUAUAUUCAGUGAGUAAGAAUAAGUUUCCGAGCCACACUCAAAGUCCGACGGAUUUAUUACGGGCGCAAGCGCAGAGGCCACGAUCCGUUUCGGUCCCCCGAGCCUUGCAUUCCCCCAGAAAAAAAAAAACACUGAAUAAAUCUAUCCUUGCAUGAGUAUUUAAAAUGAAUCGGGCCUGGUCGAAGCAGCCGCCUUGGGUCCACAUUUCCACGGGUGAUGCUCCUUUCGCUUGUUCGCGCGUUUUCCUCCUCCCUCACCCUCCUCCUUUCCUCUUGUGCCAGGUAACCGAGGAACCACCGCUGGAAGUUCAGGAGAUGCGCUUGGGAAAGCAUUGGCUUCGGUAAGUCCCGAAAAGUUUAAGAGAAGCUUUGCCUUUGGGGGGAAUAAAAGGGCCCACCCUGUAUUCUUUGUCCGGCUCCCGGAAAGAAGACAAAACCUUUUGUUGUUGUUGUUGACUUUGUUUCCCCCUUUUUCAGAUCUACUCGCCAGAUCACUCUAGCAAUAAUUUCUCUUCGAACCCAUCCACACCGGUGGGCUCCCCUCAGGGAAUAACAGGUGAGCUUUUUGCAUUUUUUUGUGGGGCAGCUAUUUACCGUAUUUUUCGCUCUAUAGGACGUACCUUGUUUUAGAGGGGGAGAACAAGAAAAAAAAUUCUCCCCCUCUCUGCACAGCGCCCCUUCAGCGAAGCGGCAGGAGAAACGGAGCCCCUUCCAUUUCUCCUCCCGUUUGGCUGAAGGGGCGCUGCUCAGAGAGGGGGAGAUUUUUUUUCUUGUUCUCCCCUGUAAAACAAGGUGCGUUCAAGGUGCAUUCACCUGAAGCCUCUGGAGCGCAGUGGGAGUUCCCACUGGGCUCCGGAGGCUUCAGGUUCCUUUUUCCCUGCUCUUACGGGCUGGCAGGGGGAAGCUCUGCUUUCCCCCACCGUCCGCCCCAAAGACCAGGUUGGGGAGCAGCGCAAAGGUUGCACGCAGCCUUGCCGCUGCCCCCAAGCUUGUGGGGCUGGCGGUGGGGGGAAGCGCUGCUUUCCCGCUCCGCAAGCCUCAAAGAUCCCUGAAGCCUUUGGAGCGCAGCGCGAGGUCCCGCUGUGCUCUGAAGGCUUCAGGCAGCUAUCCCUGAAGCCUGGAGAGCGAGAGGGGUCGGUGCGCACCGACCCCUCUCACUCUCCAGGCUCAGCGAAAGCAACGCGAAGCCUCCGGAGCGCGGAGGGAGCGCUCCCUCUGCGCUUUGGAGGCUUCACGUUGCUAUCGCUGAAGCCAAGGAGCCUGCAUUCGCUCCAUAGGACGCACACACAUUCCCCCUUCAUUUUUGGAGGGGGAAAAGUGCGUCCUAUAGAGCAAAAAAUACGGUAUGUACCAGAACAGGUCGGCAUCGGUUCUGGAGGGCCCACCUAGAGAACGAGAUUAGGACAACCCCCCUAAAUAAGCAGGCUUUUUAAAAAGAAAAAGGCUAUUGCAGCUGUACCUUGCUCCUCAAACUUAAUCCGUUCCGGAAGUCCGUUCCAAAACCAAAGCGUUCCCAAACCAAGGCGUGCUUUCCCAUAGAAAGCAAUGCAAAAUGGAUCGAUCCAUUCCAGGCUUUUAAAAACAACCCCUAAAACUGCAAUUGAACAUGGAUUUUACUAUCUGACGAUACCGUCAAUCCAUAAAAUAAAGCAAUAAACAGUGUAUAGUGGUACCUCGGGUUAAGUACUUAAUUUGUUCCGGAGGUCUAUACUUAACCUGAAACUGUUCUUAACCUGAAGCACCACUUUAGCUAAUGGGGCCUCCUGCUGCUGCCGCCGUGCCGCCAGAGCACGAUUUCUGUUCUCAUCCUGAAGCAAAGUUCUUAACCUAAAGCACUAUUUCUGGGUUAGCGGAGUCUGUAACCUGAAGCGUAUGUAACCUGAGGUACCACUGUACUGCAGUCAUGCAAUCAGUCCAUCAGUAGCUGGACUGGGUUCCACGCAGUCGCAAAAAAAAGAGCCGCAAAAACAGAAAUGCAAAAUAAAUAGCAAAAACGGCAGACCGCACUCAAAUCGGGAGCGUAACACUCAAAACAGAGCACGUUCGGCUUCCGAAAAAAGGUUGCAAACCGGAACGCUUACUUCCGGGUUUGCAGAGUUUGGGUUGCAAGUUGUUUGAGUACCAAGGCGUUUGAGAACCAAGGUGCCGCUGUAAUUGCUUUUUGGAAGGGGGACUUUGCUCAGGCAAAACGUUCAGACCUGUUGGGUGCUGGCGUUCAUUUUAAUCUCCUCCCCCCCCCCCCAUUAAAUUUAAUUACUUUUGCACAGUUUUACACUGUGGCUUUUGAUUAUUAUUUUGACCGACAAUGUCGUGGCUUUGCUGCCUUUGCAAGUGGCCUGGAGGUUGCUUUUUAAAGUUUUAAAUGUUUUACGAAAGAAAGAAAUCUCGCCAGCAUCCUCCGUGUUUUGUCCUGGGCCCCUGGCACCAACUUUCUUAUUUUCCUUCUACCCUAGGUUCUUCGCAGUGGCCCCGGGCUGGCGGACAGGGUGCCUUAUCCCCAAGCUACGAAGGGACACUUCAUACAUUGGUAAACAUCCUUUCGGUUCCCCGCCGCUUCCAGAAAAGGGAGCUCGUGAUGUGAUUCGUAGACUCCUAGAAUCGUAAAGUUGGGUCAUCCGGUCCAAACCCACUCUGAUGAAGGAAUAAUAAUAAUAAUAAUUUAUUAUUUAUACCCUGCCCAUCUGGGUGGGUGGGUGUGGGGGACUCCCUGGUCCUGAAUGGGACAACUGUGCCCCCGAAGGACCAGGUGCGCAGCCUGGGAGUCAUUUUGGACUCACGGCUGUCCACAGAGGUGCAGGUCAAUUCUGUGUGCAGGGCAGCUCCACCUGGUACGCAGGAUGAGACCCUCCCUGCCCGCGGACUGUCUGGCCAGAGUGGUGCAUGCUCUGGUUAUCUCCCGCUUGGACUACUGCCAUGUGCUCUCCAUGGGGCUACCUUUGAAGGUGACCCGGAAAUAACUAAUCCAGAAUGCAGCAGCCAGACUGGGGACUGGGAGUGGAGACCACAUAACACCGGUAUUGAAAGACCUGCAUUGGCUCCCAGGAUGUUUCCAAGCACAAUUCAAAGUGUUGGUGCUGACCUUGAAAGCCCUAAAGGGCCCAGUAUAUCUGAAGGAGCAUCUCCACCCCAGACACCAGGGUCCUCCUCCCAAGGGCCUUCUGUUGGUUCCCUCCCUGCGAGAAGUGAGGUUACAGGGAACCAGGGAGAGGGCCUUCUUGGUGGUGGCGCCCGCCCUGUGGAACGCCCUCCCACCAGAUGUCAAGGAGAUAAACAACUAUCUGAUUUUUAGAAGACAUCUGAAGGCAGCCCUGUUUAGGGAAGCUUUCAAUAUUUGAUGAACUAUUGUAUUUUAAUAUUUUGCUGGAAGCCACCCAGAGUGGCUGGGGAAACCCAGCCAGAUGGGCAGGGCAUAAAUAAAUUAUUAUUAUUAUUAUUAUUAUUAUUAUUAUUAUUAUUAAUAACCCCCUGCAAUGCAGCAAUCUCUGCUGACAGAUGGGCACCCACCCUCUGCUUAAAAACCUCCACCACGCUGAGUCGGAAUCUCCUUCCUCGUCCCUUGGAGUCAUGGGUUCGAGUCCUACCCUCCGGAGCAAGGAGCAAACCAGCUUGGCUGAUACCCUUUCUCGUUUCUCUCCCCCAAGCAAAACAAGAUGGAAGACCACUUGGACGAAGCCAUCCACGUCCUCCGGAACCACGCGGUGGGGCAGAGCAACCACAGGGACAUCCACGACUUGCUGGCGUCAGCGGCGUCGGCUCAUGGCACCACGGUCAGCAGCCUCAGCCAAUCCUUCCCUCCCGCCUCUGUCUUGCCAAUCGCCAAUCGGCACUCAAAUCUGGUAAGGGGAGAGUCGAGGGUGCCAGUCCAUCCUUUCGAAAGCUCUUGCGGGGGAUUUUUGAUAUAUGAUAAUAUUUUAUUCUCUCUUUUUCCCCUGUAAUGAAAGUCAGGUUGCUCAAACCGUUAUACAGUGUUCCCUUGGUUCUCAAACUUAAUCCGCUCCAAAGCCAAAGCGUUCCAGAACCAAGGCAGCGCUUUCCCACAGAAAGUCAUGCAAAACGGAUUAAUAUGUUCCAGAGUUUUAAAAACAACCCCUUAAACAGUAAUUGAACAUGGAUUCCGUUCCAAAACCAAAGCGUUCCAAAACCGAGGCAGCGCUUUCCCAUAGAAAGUCAUGCAAAACGGAUUAAUCCGUUCCAGACUUUUAAAAACAACCCCUAAAGCAGCAAUUGAACAUGGAUUUUGCUAUGUAACGAGACCAUGGAUCCAUAAAAUGAAAGCAAGAAUCAGUGCGCUGUGCUAUAAAGUAAAUAAGAGAGUAUUGUAGAUGAUAAAAAUUAAAACUACAUUUUUUUUCUUUACCUGCACUGAUGACAGUCCUUGUUUGGAUGGGGGGCUUUUAUCCAUUUCCACAGGGACACAAUCACACAGUUGGUAGCUGGACUGGGUUCCAUACAGGCACAAAAACAAAAGAACUGAAAAAGCCUCAAAAACAAAAACGCAAAAUAAAGAGCAAAAACAAAAGCGCCAAACUUCAUCCCUUCCGGAAGUCCGUUUGACUUCUGAAAUGUUCGGAAACCGAGGCGCAGCUUCUGAUUGGUGCAGGCGCCCCGGAAACAAGAGCCGACAGCUGCGUCGGACGUUCGGCUUCCGUAAAACAUUCAAAAACCAGAACACUCACUUCUGGGUUUUUGGUGCUUGAGAACCAAGGUCCCACUGUCAUGAAAUGUGUAAUCUUGAGAAGUAUAAAUUUGUUGUUGUUGUUUAGUGGUGUCCGCCUCUUUGUGACCCCCUGGACCAGAGCACGCCAGGCCCUCCUGUCUUCCACUGCCUCCCGCAGUUUGGUCAGACUCAUGCUUCAAGAACACUGUCCCACCAUCUCAUCCUCCGUCGUCCCCUUCUCCUUGUGCCCUCCAUCUUUCCCAACAUCAGGGAGUCUUCUCUUCUGCUGAGGUGGCCAAAGUCUUGGAGCCUCAGCUUCAGGAUCUGUCCUUCCAGUGAGCACUCAGGGCUGAUUUCCUUCAGAAUGGAGAGGUUUGAUCUUCUUGCAGUCCAUGGGACUCUCAAGGGACUCUAAGCUUCGUAUAAAUAAAAACUAUUUUUAAAAAAUAACGCGUGGAUCUCCCUUUGCUCUUUCAGGUGGCGGGGGGCCAUUCGGAAGACGGCCUUCCCAGCAACCCCAGUCUCCUCCACAAUCACGUCCCUCUCCCAGCCCAGCCCAGCUCGCUCCCGGACCUCAACAGAGGCCAGUCUUCGGAUGCCUUCAGCGGUAAGGUUGAGUGGCGGGUUUCGCCACGCCGUCCUCUCUCCUCCCCAUGGGGCUCAAAAGUCCCGGCGUCCUUGCCGGGGCAACGGAGGGGCAUCUAUCCGAACCCCCGUGAAUUGCAGGGAUCGCAGCUACAGGUGAAACUCGGGAAAUUAGAAUAUUGUGGGAAAGUUCCUUGAUUUCAGGAAUUCAACUUGAAAGGUGAAACUAAUAUAUGACUCGUGACAUGCCAAGCGAGAUACGUCAAGCCUUGAUUUGUGAUCAUAGCGAUGAUCAUGGCGUACAGCUGAUGAAAACCCCCAAUUAAUCUCAGAAAAUUAGAAUAUUCAAGGAAAUCAGCAAAACAAGGAUUGCAAAUCGAGCAAGAUUGGACCUCUGAGAAGUAGAAGCAUAUCGCGCUUUGCAUGUCACAAGUCGAUCUCAUCUAUUAGUUUCACCAUUCAAGUUGAAUUCCUGAAAUCAAGGAACUUUUCCACGAUAUUCUAAUUUUUCGAGUUUCGCCUGUAAAUCGGCAUUCUUGUCCAGGAGGACCGUUAGGGGCGGGCAAUAUAUUGUUCAAACUUUGGUCAGAAUUCGCCAGGCGCGUUUUGCACACCGGGUCAAGAUGCCCAGGGGACAGGAUGGCACCCAGGGCCGGAUUUAGGUUUGAUGUGGCCCUCAGCUCCUGAAGGUCAUGGGGCCCUUUCUAUGUCCAGCUGUCCUUUGUCCACAACAAAUUGCCGCUGUUUUUUGUGUUGAAUCUAUGCUGUAUGGUCAUUUAUGGACCUAAUGGGUAUCUCAAGCCAUAUAUAAGUAAAGGUAAAGGGACCCCUGACCGUUAGGUCCAGUUGUGGCCGACUCUGGGGUUGCGGCGCUCAUCUCGCUUUAUUGGCCGAGGGAGCCGGCAUACAGCUUCCGGAUCAUGUGGCCAGUAGGACUAAGCCGCUUCUAGCAAACCAGAGCAGCGCACGGAAACGCCGUUUACCUUCCCGCCGGAGCGGUACCUAUUUAUCUACUUGCACUUGACGUGCUUUCGAACUGCUAGCUGGGCAGGAGCAGGGACCGAGCAACGGGAGCUCACCCCGUUGCGGGGAUUCGAACCACCAACCUUCUGAUCAGCAAGUCCUAGGCUCUGUGGUUUAACCCACAGCGCCACCCGCGUCCCUUGUGCAGAAUAUCCCUACGUUAUAAAUGGUCCGUGUCGCCAUUCAGAAAAAGAGAUUGGAAUAAGGCAAGAUAUAUACACAGACUGUCCCUGGAUCACGCGACUUUUCUUGUUUAGGUUCUCCAGUCUCUUAACCUAGCUCGAGGUUGUCCUCUGAGCUAGCCAGGUCAGUCCACCCUUUGAAAAACAAAACUUUAUAGCCGUCUGGCCCGCAAACAGCAACUGGACGUUAGCAACCUUGGUUUAAGGAGCCUAGUUUAAAUAUCUUGUGUUUUCUAACACCGCAACCAAAACUGGUUUGAAGUUCUUUCGUUUCAUCAUUUUUGACCUGGCGAUAUAUCGCGGUGUUUGUGUGUGUGUGUGCUGUGCCAAAAAUCACGACGCAGGAAAAAACCACGAAGCCAGCCAACGCCUCUUUGUAGCUCCAUCCUUAUUUUGGACGUCAUGAUACAUCAGUAUAUCACGAUAUAUCAGUGUAUCACGAGGCUGGGUGCGCACACAGAGCUUUAUUGCGGUCCCUGGACCCGAAACGCAUUAUGUACAGCAAUGGUGGCCAAACGUGGCCCUCCAGCUGUUUUGGGACUACAGUUCCCAUCAUCCCUGACCACUGGUCCUGUUAGCUAGGGAUGAUGGGAUUUGUAGUCCCAAAACAGCUGGACGGCCAAGUUUGGCUAGCAUGGUGUACAGGGUGUUGUUAACCCUUUGGGUCCCUUCCAACCCUACGAUUCUCCGACAUCCAUCCCCGAAAUAAAAGUUUCAGGUUUGGAGGGAGAAAUUUCGUUUUUGCUUUUUAAAAAAGAAAGGCAAAUUUCUAGCUCUUCCGCAGCAGCAGACGCGCCGAGAUCUCAAAGGCCCCUGCAUUGUCUCUCACUUUUGCCCAUCUGAUUCCCCCUCCAGGCUUGACGGGGGGCCUGGGCCGGGCCAGCGUCUCGUCCGGCACCAGCGAGAUCAAGCGGGAGGACAAGGAAGACGACGAGAACACGUCGGUGGCCGACAACUCGGAGGAGGAGAAGAAGGAGCUGAAGGCGUCGCGGAACCGAACAAGGUGCUCGUUGAACAGGUCUCAGCCCUUUCUCUGUUCCCUUUCCGGGGGCGGGGGGACGGACCACCAGGAUCCUAGGUCUUUGGGGCGGCCAGGCAGCAAAGCCCCUUGACAGACGGGAGGUCAGGGUGGACGACAACUUGGUGAGCAGGGAUGGAAAAGCGAGGAAACCAGCUCACUUCAAACACCCCCAGGAGAGACUCGCUUUUUUGGGGAAAGGGGAAGAGCAGCGUCGCCCUCCGAGCUUUUUAGGGGUGAUGGCAUUUUGCAGCCCUGCGGACGAACCUAUAGAUGUUUGCGUGGACGUCUGUGUGCGUUCAAAAUUUUUUUAUUGCCUGUGUCCGUGUUCCGUAUUUUGCUCCCUGCUCACGGGCGGUUUGGGUAGGGAGAACGAAAGGUGCUGCGCUCGUCCCCGCAGCCGCGUGCUCGGUGGUUUCCAAACUGUGUCCCGGGAGUACUCCUGCCCCAGGGGGAAUUCUAGGGUGGAUGGAAGAGCCAUAAGCUGUCAACGUUUCCCCUUUUUUAAGGGAAAUCCCCUUAUUCCGAAUAGGAUUCCUCGCAAGAAAAGGGAAAAGUGGACAGCUAUUGGAAGAGCCUUUCCACAGCACUGGUGGGAAUCAGAUUUCCUGGAUGCUUCACCCAACGCAAACACACCCCUCUUCUGAGCAUCUCCCGGGGGCUUUUUGGGGGCGGGCACACACCGUAAAUAAGCUUUGUUGUACUAGCCAGAGGCCAUGGCAAAACCAUACAAACCCUAUCAGAAAAAAUACCGUAUUUUUUGCUCUAUAAGACGCACCAGACCACAAGACGCACCUAGUUUUUGGAGGAGGAAAACAAGAAAAAAAAUAUUCUGAAUCCCAGAAGCCAGAACAGCAAGAGGGAUCGCUGCGCAGCGAAAGCAGCAAUCCCUCUUGCUGGUCUGGCUUCUGGAGUAGCUGCGCAGCCUGCAUUCGCUCCAUAAGACGCACACACAUUUCCCCUUACUUUUUAGGAGGGAAAAAGUGAGUCUUACAGAGCAAAAAAUGCGGUAAAUACUUCUACAGUUGUACCUUGGUUCCUGAACGCCUUGCAACCCAAACAUUUCGGCUCCCAAAACACCGCAAACCUGGAAGUGAGUGUUCCGGUUUGCAACUGUUCUUUGGGAUCCGAACGUCCGGCGCCACUUCCGAUUGGCCGCGGGAGCUUCCCGCAGCCAAUCGGAAGCCGCGCCUCUGUUUUUGGGAAGCCAAACGGACUUGUGGGAUGGAUUCCGUCCGAGAACCGAGGCGCGGCUGUACACAAGAACCGCCCAAAGUCAUAAUACGCAGGCUCAUGCAUAAAUUGGAGGGUUCUCCUAUUGUGUACAUAACUACAUAGGCCAUGACGAGGUUAAAUCCCACAAAGGAUUCUUAAAUCAUAUUGUGAGAAGGGCAUUCUAUGAAGUGUGGGAGAGGAGUAAAAAAAUCAGUAGCGACCAAAACACCAUGGUGGGAAUCUAUGGCGGUUCAUAGGGAAAAUAUGAACAGCGAUUGGUUUACUGCAAUUUUACCCAGUCAGCUUUUUCCUUUUGGUGGUGGGGGGGUGAAUUUCGGGGACACACUUUGCAAACCUUCCGGCCCUGGGAAGUGCGGUCGGUGGGUGGGAAAUGUUGGGUUUACGGUCGUUCCAGUUAUUGCAAAAAUAUAUAAUAUUAUCGUGGCGGGCGGUGGGCUGCCCUGUGUGUUUUGUGCAUCCCCGUUCCCCAUAUUUGUGCACGACGCGUUCCGGUGCUAAGGUGUGCCAGCGUGGGAAAAAACGCCCCCCACCCACCCCCUUGUCUCCUUCUCCUUUCAAACCAUCAGUCAAGAUGAGGACGAGGAUGACGACCUCCUUCCCCCAGAGCAAAAAGCCGAGCGCGAGAAAGAGAGAAGGGUGGCUAAUAACGCCCGAGAGCGCCUCCGCGUCCGCGACAUCAACGAGGCUUUUAAAGAGCUGGGGCGCAUGUGUCAGCUGCACCUAAACAGCGAAAAGCCACAGACCAAACUGCUCAUUCUACACCAAGCCGUCUCGGUUAUCCUGAAUCUGGAACAACAAGUUAGAGGUCAGUGGAGACUUCCGAUGUGGUGACGUUUUCCGAGCGGCAAGGGGCUGUCUGUCUCGUCUCCCGAAUCCGUCCCUGGCGCACCUCUCCAAAUCCUGCUGAAGUUCUCCCCCUCGCCUCCCAACCCCUUGAAACUCUCGCGUCUUUUUUGUUUGCCAUUUUAGGUUCUCUGUUGUCGUGGGUUUUUAGUGGGUCGCCGCCGUUUUGCUUCUCUCUGCUGCCUUUUCGCACCCCUCGCUUUUCCCAUUUUUGUUUUCCCGCGCCAGAAAUAAGGGAAAGCAAGCGUUGCGCUUCCUGCAUGCCGUCAGCCCUCGCGCCUCUGCCAGGGGGGCUUCCGCAUUUAUCGUUUUCUUCUGUCCCAAACUGCUACACACAGCUACAGUCUGAAUCCUUCCACCACCCCAACCAUUGCAAAAUCGGGUUUAUCAAUCAACAUUUGCAGGCUUCUGGCGGCUUGCAAAGUUUGCAAACCAAGCGGUUCCCCCAAAAUUCAGCUGAAAAUGCCUGUUGCAAACCCCUGAAGAACACUGCAGAUUUUGAUAAUAAACCUGAUUUGCAAGGAGAGGGUGGAAAGCUGUAGUGCUAAAGGGCAGCUCUUUGGGGCUCUGAAUUGCCACGUAUCAAAGACGGGAGGUGUUUUUUGUUUUUUGUUUUCCCAGAGAGGCGGAAAGAUCAUGCAGGUUAUGCGCAGAUCCCACCGGACGCCUUUCCAGCAAAUCCCUAUGUAUUUCCCCCCCAAAAAACUGUUGGCUUUUUUCAUCCAAUUUUUGCACGGGGCGGGGGCUUGCUUUUAAAGAAAUGCCGUAUUUUUCGCUCUACAAGACGCACCAGACCACAAGACGCACCUAGUUUUUGGAGGAGGAAAACAAGAAAAAACAUAUUCUGAAUCUCAGAAGCCAGGACAACAAGAGGGAUCGCUGCGCAGCGAAAGCAGCAAUCCCUCUUGCUGUUCUGGCUUCUGGGAUAGCUGCACAGCCUGCAUUCGCUCCAUAAGAUGCACACACAUUUCCCCUUACUUUUUAGGAGGGAAAAAGUGAGUCUUAUAGAGCAAAAAAUACGGUACUUAAUUGUGUUUCUCGCCUUGCGGCAGUAGUUUCGAGACCAGCUCCUAUGCGUAGCCUGCUGUUCCUUCCGUUGCUGGGGAUAGGAAUAAAUAAUAAAACUAUUUCCAUCCCUCGUGGCUUUCGGACUCAGAGGAUGGGGGGGUAGCCCUCCUUACUAGAGUGCCCUUGGCGAUUUGCUGAGCUUCAGGGAGGGCGGGGGGUGGCUACACAAAGCAUGCCACAAAUUUAAUAAAUACAAAUUCGAUCAACAACAAUGCUAAUCCAAACAAGUUCUCCCGUCCGCACGAGGAUUUCCUCUUGUGGAGCGAAACUUCCCCGUCCUCCCUCCGUGAGUUUGCCUCCGUACCCUGCAGAGUUAGGGGAACCCCCUGCAAAAAAAUUGGGGGUGUGUGCGAGAGGGAAAGAUCCAUCGCGCGAGAGGAAACCUAUUCACACGUGGGACCCCCUGUGUUGCGGGAAAGCCGCUCGGUCUGAGCUUUGCUGGGUUUUUGCUUUAAUAAUAAUAAUAAUAAUAAUAAUUUAUUAUUUAUACCCCGCCCAUCUGGCUGGGCUUCCCCAGCCACUCUGGAUGUCUUCCAACCAAAUAUUAAAAUACAGGAAUACAUCAAACAUUAAAAGCUUCCCUAAACAAGUCAUAGUGGGCGCCCCCACAUCUUACACCAACGAAAGAUGCUCUGGAGAGAUGAGCUUGGUCUUUUAUUAUUACAGCCGUACCUCGGUUCUUGAACAUAAUGUGUUCCGGAACUCCGUUUCACGUCCGGAAACCAGGGCGCAGCUUCUGAUUGGCUGUGGGAGCUUCCUGCAGCCAAUCGGAAGCCACGCCGGACGUUCGGAUCCCAAAGAACGUUUGCAAACACUCACUUCCAGGUUUGCGGCGUUCAGGAGCCAAAACGUCCCGACUGCCGAGGCGUUCGGAGUCCAAGGUACGGCUGUAUUUUGAAAACCACCCCUCUCUCUCUCUGCAACCUUUGUCCCUCCGUCCCAGCUGCCAAGUUAGGGAUGAAAUCAUCUGCGCAGAGAUAGUUGGGGAGCCAGGCAGGGUAGCUUGGCCAGAGGCAAAAACGCGUGCCCACUUCUCUGCCAGGCGUGCACCCGCGGAAGAGAGUCGGGCUGCUUUCCCUUCCUCUCUGCAAAUGUCUUUUCCCCCUGCUUGGCAGUGCAUGAAAGCACUUAACUUUUCCUUCCUCGCAAUCUGCGAAAUGGGUGCAUCUUGAGUUCAAUGUCUUCGACAGAGGUGGGCGGGCAGAGGGGCAGCGCGCCUGGUUUUCGACCGUACAGUACCUGUGCCCCGUUCUUCUGUUCUGCUCCUUCUCCCCCUUCCAUUCUGGAGCUUCCAUUAAUUUCCCCUUUUCGUCUGCCGCGACAUGUAUAACUCUUUUAUUUUGUUUCCCCUGGUCUCUUUUUCUCUCAUGUAUACGCUUCGUUUGCUGCCGCCACCCUCUCUGCCACCCCUUCUCUGCUUUCCUACAGACAGACCCCAGCCGUGACCCCCUCGGUGGUUCCAACCCUGUACCUUGUACUUGCUGCGUCCUUAGAGAGACAGGAAAACCCAGGCGGGCAGCAGUGGGGUGGGGGGAGGAAUAGCCUACGAGCAGAAAGGCAGGCGCACCCUCCCUGAAUCUUAAAGUCUCUGGCGCACCUCCUUUUUAAAGUUAUUAUUUUGCCACGUUCCCGAAGGCGACGCGUUUGGGACGGGUCGGCCGCUGGCGUCCCCCAAGCCGAAACCCGGCCAGCUGAAGAGCUCUCCGAUUUGGCCCACUGUCCGGCUGUAGCCUUUUGGCGCAGACGGGUCGCCUGUGGAAUCGUAGAUUUGGGAGGGGGGUCCCUAAGGAUCAUCCAGUCCAACCCCCCGCGACGCGGUUGUCCCAAAUGUCAUGCCCUCCAGGUAGAGGCGGGCUUUUGAAGUCCAGACACAGGCAGGCAGCCCCGGUCGAAGGAGCAGCUUUUCCUACGAACACAAAAGAAGGGGAUGAAGGGAAUGUCUCUCCUUAGAAGGGCACGUACACGUUUAGAAAAUCACAUUGCACUGUGUUGGGUGGGGUGUGUCUCCUGAGCAUGUGCAGAGUGUAGGAAGGACCAGGUUGCCAAUCCUGUUCUUGCAGGUGCCCCAAAGUGAACAGCCCCCUAAGUUUGACAACAAACCUCCCCACUUGCUCUCCGCGACUGGCAUUCAUAGGCAAAACUGCCUCUGAUACUGGAAUGAAUAGACAGCCGGCAUAACUCGUAGUUAACAAUAGCCUUAUAAGAACAUCAGGGACACGGGUCUAAACCACAGAGCCUCUUGGGCUUGGGUUCGAACCCCGGCUCCCGUUGCUCCGUCCCAGCUCCUGCCAACCUAGCAGUUUGAAAGCACACCAGCGCUAGUAGAUAAAUAGGUACCACUCCGGUGGGAAGGUAAACAGCAUUUCCGUGCGCUCUGGAUUCCGUCAUGCGCCAGAAGCGGUUCAGUCCUGCUGGCCACAUGACCCGGAAAGCUGUCUACAGACAAACUCCGGCUCCCUCGGCCCGAAAGCGAGAUGAGCGCCACAACCCCAUAGUCGCCUGUGACUGGACUUAACUAUCCAGGGGUCCUUUACCUUUUUAUAAGAACAUCAGGAGCGAUCUGCAAGCGGUGUCAGACCCAAGACUCGUCCGUCUGCUGGGAUAGCUCAGUCGGCAAAGCACGGGGCUCGUAAUCUCAGGUUCGCAGGUUUUCUAAGAAUAAGAAUUAAAAAAACUUGUCUGGGGUAGCUCAUCUCAAAGACUAGCUAGCUAUGUCGCUACGUGGAGAAUCGCUUCCUUUUCUCCAAAUCUCCCUGCAUCCAGCUUUCUGGGGAACGGACGCAGAGGCAGAACAUCUGUCCCGAUUGCAGAAGGUCGCAGGUUCGAUUCCCUGCAUUUCCUGCUGGGGACUGGCAAAUACUUCCUCUCUGAAACCCUGAACAAUGCUGCCAGUCUGUGCAAACGACACUGGUCUCGAUGGGCCAAUGGUGGAAGGUAGUUUUCUAAGGUUCGCCGAAUGACCCCCCCUCGCUUUUGUAGCCACAGAGAGGUUUAGGCAUUUUCUCCCCCUGCUGCGUAACUUUAAAAAUGAAUCACAGCCUUUUUUAUUUUUUAAAAAAGUGUGCAUAGCUAACCUUCCCCCUGGAAAUUAUUUCCCCUGGAAAUAAAGGGAAACGUUAAGAUUCCUAGUGUUUCAAAACCACCGUGUUCUCUUUAAUAAUACAAUGUUUAUCCUACUUCCAAGUCGACUUCAAAUUAAACAGUUUCGUGGGCUGGCUUCCUGCCCCCAACCUGCCCAGUGUUUUCGUUCAAGCCCUUUCCCGCUGCCUUAUAUACAGCGGUACCUCGGUUUCUGAACGUCAUCCGUUCUGGAAGACCGUUCAGGUUCGAAAACUCGAUAGGGGAAGCCUUGAAACACAAAACUCAACACGGAAGCCACCUCGGAGGUUCGACUUCCGACGCGCGUUCGAAAACGAAAGCGUUUACUUCCAGGUUUAUGGCGUUCAGGUUCCAAGACGUUCGGAAACCGAGGCAUCGCUGUAUAUAUCAAACUCUUGUCUAAUAUGGAAACCCCUCUAAUAUUUCCCCUCCGCUGCUUCUGUCUCAAAUUCUGCUUGAGGUUUUGGGGGGUUUUUUCCUAAACAGUCCCUCCCACCAAAUAAACCAGGGGAACUCCGAAACAGCGCUGGUUCUGAGUCCGAUGUCGGCUCGGGUCUGAGCUUUGUGCCGUGUCCAAAUUCAGCCCCCCUCAAGUUCCAGUAGGGGCACAGCUGCCCCCCAAUGCAAUAUGAACUUCCUAGGCCAGCUCCUAAUAGACUGUGAUCUACUCGCAGUAUUAAAAAAAUCUGGCAGUGAUUUAUCCAUUGUCGCUGGAUGGGCCAAAGUUGUUGCGCAUUUUUGGGGAAAGGCAAAGUUGUUGUUAAGCUUUAAGCCACAGUUGUUCAGCUUCCUCACCCCCCUUUUUUUGGGGGGGAGAAGAUCUCUGAAGGGUCAAAGGUCUACCAGGAACACCCCGCGAUUUCCCAGUAGAUCACGAUCUAUCUGUUGGGCAUGCCUGUCCCAGGCCAACGCAUAAGGCGGCUUCGAGCAAAAAUUUGCAAACAUGCAAACCACAUGGACGGGACACGGGUGGCGCUGUGGGUUAAACCACAGAGCCUAGGACUUGCCGAUCAGAAGGUCGGCGGUUCGAAUCCCCGCCACGGGCUGAGCUCCAUUUGCUCUGUCCCUGCUCCUGCCAACCUAGCAGUUCGAAAGCACGUCAAAGUGCAAGUAGAUAAAUAGGUACCCCUCCAGCGGGAAGGUAAACGGCGUUUCCGUGCGCAGCUCUGGUUCGCCAGAAGCGGCUUAGUCCUGCUGGCCACAUGACCUGGAAGCUGUACGCCGGCUCCCUUGGCCAGUAAAGCGAGAUGAGCACCGCAACCCCAGAGUCGACCACGACUGGACCUAAUGGUCAGGGGUCCCUUUACCUUUACUUAAAGCACAUGGGACUAGUCCGCAUCCUCUUGUCGGAUGCAGGAGAUGUCCUCGGGCACCACUUUUUUUGCACAUCACAGGUGAGGGAAGUCUUGUCUGCUUGUGGGCCGGAUCAAGCAUCAAAAUUCUCACGUUCUUUAUGAAUUAUGAGGGUAGGCGUAGGUCGUUUUUUCCUGCCUUGGUCCGGAUAUCAAAUGCCAAGAGACGGGAGAGAUUGAUUCUAGGCAACACCUAUAGGCGCAGUCAAAAUUGUUCCAAACCUUGCCACCACCACCCCCCCCCCCCGUUUGCAAAUCAGGUGAAAUUCUGCUGGAAAGGCAACCUCGACGGGCUUCUCUUUAAGUUGAAUUUUCAGCUGAAUUUGGGGAGAAACCACUGAGGAGCUAUUUCCGUGGCUUUUGUGGGAUUCCGCUCCUUGCAAACAGCUGUAAGUUUGCAGAUGUUGAGAAUAAAUGUGGUUUGCAAUGGGGGGGGGUGUUGGAUGAUUUUGAUUGCAACUAAUAAUAAUAAUAAUAAAUAAUAAUAAUAAUAAUAUCUUUUCUAAGAGAACAAGGUAAACUCAUGGACCCUUUUCUAGAAAAACGGCCCUGAUCAUUAUUAAUAAUACGAAUACUCAUCAUAACAACCUUCUUCUGGGAAACCCAGACAGAUGGGCAGGGUGUAAAUAAUAUAAAUUAUUAUUAUUAUUAUCUUUUAAGAGCCAUUAAACAGUGGAACAGACUCCCUUGGGAUUUGGCAAGCUCUCCCUCCUAUUGGAGGUUUCUAAGUGGAGGUUGGGUGGCCGUCUGUCGUGGGGUCAGACUAGAUGAGCCCUGGGGGUCCCUUACAUCUCCACAAUUCUACGUGUAAACCGCACAAUGCUUAUUAUGGCGAAUAUAUAGGGAGGGACCGCAACCUUGGACGUGCCACCACAACCAGGGUUGUGGUCUUAGCUGAGCUUCUCCUCCAGUUGCGGUAGACCCGUCAGUUGUGGGGUGGAUGUGAGACAUUGCCCAGUCUUGACACACCUCACCCCACCCUUUCCAGCUCUAAAUAGAGACACACCCCCCCCGGAUAUUCACUCUCGAAUCUCCCUGGAGGCAGGACAAUCUUCUUCCUUCCAAACUGCGAGGUUCAGAUUGCCAAAGGCCGGCGUGGUUCGGUUGGGCUGCCAUUGAAAUGUCCAAAAUCGACAUCACAAAAUAGGAACUCCAGGAGCUAGGCUUAGGCCAGGGGUCAGCAACCUUUUUCAGCCGUGAGCCGGUCCACCGUCCCUCAGGCCGGACUAUAUUUUGAAGGGGGGGAAAUGAACAAAUUCCUAUGCCCCACAAAUAACCCAGAGAUGCAUUUUAAAUAAAAGCACACAUUCUACUCGUGUCAAAACACCAGGCAGGCCCCACAAAUAACCCAGAGAUGCUUUUAAAUAAAAGGACACAUUCUACUCAUGUAAAAACACACUGGUUCCCGGACUGUUGGCGGGCCGGAUUGAGAAGUUAUGGGGCCGGAUCCGGCCCCCGGGCCUUAGUUUGCCUUCCCAUGUUCUAGUAGCAGGUGGUUCCCCAGGCUUGCUUGCUUGAACUGAAGUUCAAUAUGGAUAAGACAGAAAGGUUCUAGUCCAGGGGUCAGCAAACUUUUCCAGCAGGGGGCCGGUCCACUGUCCCUCAGACCUUGUGGGGGGCCGGACUAUAUUUUGGAAAAAAUAAUAAUGAACGAAUUCCUAUGCCCCACAAAUAACCCUGAGAUGCAUUUUAAAUAAAAGGGCACAUUUUACUCAUGUGAAAAAACACUGAUUCCCGGACAGUCUGCGGGCCGGAUUGAGAAGGCGAUGGGGCCGGAUGGGGCCCCCGGGCCUUAGCUUGCCUACCCAUGUUCUAGUAGCGGGUAGUUCCCCAGUCCAAAGCACACAUUCUGCUCGUGUAAAAACACCAGGCAGGGCCCACAAAUAACCCAGAGAUGCAUUUGAAAUAAAAAUACACAUUCUACCCGGGCCUUAGCUUGCCUACCCCUGGCUUAGAGAAACUGCUAAGUGACUUACCCAGAUCUUUCGGGACUCUGGCUCCUGCCGUGACCAUUGGCUACACCGGCUGGCUGGGGCUGAUGGGAACCGGAGUCUAAAAACGCCCAUCCCCGAUUUAUUGUGUCGCUUCUGCAAUCGGCUACCCCAAGAGGAACGGUCUCCCUUGGAGUUUUGCGAGCAGAAGCUGGGCGCCCAACUUUACCCGGGUGCUUGAGCCGAGAUCGUUGCGUCGCUAGGGGGUUGGACUGGAUGGCCACUGGGGGGCUCCCUUCUGCCUCUACGAUUCCACGGUUCCAAAGUGCCAAAAGAGUAUCGUCCCAGAGGAUAGUGGGACAACAAGGUUUUCGAGUUUGGUUUUGCCCGUGUUGCAAAACGGGCGCGCACGGCACGGGCAGCGUUCGGCAGCUCCUUGUCUCUGAGGUGGAACGAAAGGGCUCUCCUCUUCCUCAUCGUCCGUCAGUUGUGCCGUGCCGCCAUGGCUCGCCGCUGACGUGGACGUUUCCCCCCCGCUGCCCACCUUGGCACCGUCCCCUCGAACCCGCCCGCCCGCCCCGCGGAGUCCCUCCGUCGCUCCCCAGACUAACCCUCCCCGUGGUGCUGUGUGAACCCAGCAGUACAGAUGAGGCGCUCUCACUGGAAGACAAGGACCUGAGGGACCGGGAGAGGCGCAUGGCCAAUAAUGCCAGGGAGAGGGUGCGCGUCCGGGACAUUAACGAGGCCUUUAAAGAGCUGGGACGCAUGUGCCAAAUUCACUUAAAAACAGACAAAGCGCAGACCAAGCUCAUCAUCCUCCAACAAGCGGUGCAAGUCAUAUUAGGCUUGGAGCAGCAAGUACGAGGUACGGCGCCGGGGGGCUCACCCCCCCCACACACCCCGAGGUCUCGCCCCCCCAUGCUUUGCGCGCAUCUCCCGUCUGUGCUCUCUCGCUCGCACGAGUGUCUCUGCCUCUCUCCCUUCCACCCUUUGCUCGGGGCUCCAGGUUUUGCGUCGCUUCUUUUCUCCUCCCUUCGCUCUCUGGUUCGCGGUCUGUGCAGAGAUGACCCCCCCAUUACAGCUUUUGAGCAGCAAGGUGGGGAGGGGGCCGAGCGAGGCUCGGAUGCCAACCCUCUCGCACUUUGUGUAAACCUUAUCCUUUUCUCCGUCUUGCCUCUUUCCCUUGGAUGCUGGUUGGGUUGGGUUGGGUUGGGUUGGGUUGGGUUGAGUUAGGUUGGGUUGAGUUAGGUUGAGUUAGGUUGGGUUGGGUUGAGUUAGGUUGGGUUGGGUUGAGUGGGGUUGAGUUGGGUUGUGUUGGGUUGUGUUGGGUUGUGUUGGGUUGUGUUGUGUUGGGUUGUGUUGGGUUGAGUUGGGUUGGGUUGGGUUGGGUUGAGUUAGGUUGGGUUGGGUUGGGUUGAGUUGAGUUGGGUUGAGUUAGGUUGGGUUGGGUUGGGUUGAGUUGAGUUAGGUUGGGUUGGGUUGAGUUGGGUUGGGUUGGGUUGAGUUAGGUUGGGUUGGGGUUGGCGGUGGCUCUUGCCAGACCCUCCAGAUUUCCUCCUCUUCUCUCUCCUCUCAUCUCAGAACGUAACCUGAACCCAAAAGCAGCCUGCCUAAAGCGCCGUGAAGAGGAGAAAGUGUCUGGCGUCGUCGGGGACCCUCAAAUGGCGCUCUCGGCAUCUCAUCCGGGUCUAGGAGAUGGGCACAACCCUGUAGGACAUAUGUAA